AUGGCGGCGGCGAAGGAGGCGCCGUGGCGGCGGCUGACGGGCCUGUCGUUCGGGAUGUACACGGAGGAGGAGAUACGGUACGCCCCGCGGCUGGGUAGCAAGACUGUUAAGAGAGCUGGAAAGGGACCCCCGAGGGUCAUCUAGGCCAACCCCCUGCGAGGCAGGAUACUUUUUUUUUGCCCAACGUGGGUCUCGAACCUGCGAGCCUGAGAUUGAGAGUCAAGGGUGGUAGAUGCACACGUGCUACGCGUGAUCUGAGCCGAAAAGCGAGGAUUGGAGGGGACCACGAGGGUCAUCUGAUAAUAAAUAAUAAUAAUAAUUUUUUAUUUAUACCUCGCCCUCCCCAGCCAAGAUCUACUCCAAUCCCCCUGCAAUGCAGGAAUCGUGUGCCCAACAACAUGCUCAACUAUGGGGUGCUAGUAGCAUACCUGACUUUUUUUGUGCGGUGCUUUUGGGGACCCCGCUCCCCCUUUGGUUAUUCUAGAUCACUUUGUUUGUGCCACUGCAGAUGUGCCAGCAGAGCUGUUGGUGCAGAUAUAGGCAUUCUUUGAAUGUGUUGUUGUUUAGUCGUUUAGUCGUGUCCGACUCUUCGUGACCCCAUGGACCAGAGCACGCCAGGCACUCCUGUCUUCCACUGUCUCCCACAGUUUGGUCAAACUCAUGCUGGUAGCUUCGAGAACACGGUCCAACCAUCUUGUCCUCUUUUGUCCCCUUCUCCUUGUGCCCUCCAUCUUUCCCAACAUCAGGGUCUUUUCCAGAGAGUCUUCUCUUCUCAUGAGGUGACCAAAGUAUUGGAGCCUCAGCUUCAGGAUCUGUCCUUCCAGUGAGCACUCAGGGCUGAUUUCCUUCAGAAUGGAUUGGUUUGAUCUUCUUGCAGUCCAUGGGGCUCUCAAGAGUCUCCUCCAGCACCAUAAUUCAAAAGCAUAAAUUCUUCGGUGAUCAGCCUUCUUUAUGGUCCAGCUCUCACUUCCACACAUCACUACUGGGAAAACCAUAGCUUUAACUAUACGGACCUUUGUUGGCAAGGUGAUGUCUCCUUUUUAAGAUGCUGUCUAGGUUUGUCAUUACUUUUUUCCCAAGAAGCAGGCGUCUUUUAAUUUCGUGACUGCUGUCACCAUCUUUGAAUGUAGUGCAAGCCAAUUCAGUUGGGGAAAACGUGUACCAUAAUUUGUGUACAAUACUACUCAGCUAUGGGAGAGGUACCUGUUAAAAAAAUUCUCGCCUAUACAGUUGUGCUGCUGUUAACAGCAUAUAUAUAUAUAUACAUACACACACAUACACAAGGAUGUAAAAAUGGGCUGUUAAAAUUCAUAUGUUGCCUUCUUUGAGGCAAUUGAAGAAUAGUUCUGUGCCACAUAUCUAGUUGUGGUCUUCCAAGUGGGAGUGUUCCAGUAAAAAAGGCUAUUGAAUGAACAAUUUUCUCUGUGCAAGCAGAAUUCCACUAGUGCAGUGGGUCUUCUCCUUCCUCUCCUACCCCCUGUACCCUCAAAAUCUGCUCCAGAGAGUUGAGGGACAGCAGUGUGUGAUACAACCCAAAAUCUUUGAUAGCCGUUCUUAUGGGUAAAAAGGUUUGAUACAGGCAACACUAGUACCAUUUGCAAAACCACAAACAUGUAGUGAGUUCUCCUCUCUCCUAACUUCAUAAUUAAAAAAAGUUGUUAUCUCAUGGAGUUCAGGGAAAUGCAAUCCAAAAAUGGCUUUGAUGCUACGUGUCUAACUUUGUUUUUGUGUGUAGGAAUCUGAGUGUAAAAUCUAUAACCAACCCCCUUUUUCUGGAUAAUGCGGGUACUCCGUCACCAAAUGGACUGUACGAUUUGUCUUUGGGGCCAACUGACAACAAAGAAGUGUGUGCUACUUGCACGCAGGACUUCAACAACUGCCCAGGUCAUCUGGGUCACAUAGAACUGCCCCUCACUGUCUACAAUCCUCUCUUUUUUGAUGUAAGUAUAUUCAUGACAUUCCUGAUUUCUCAUAUUCUAGAUUCUAUGGGAUGGGUGGUUGUGCUGCUUCAGUGUUGAAGUUACCGCAGUGUGAAGAAUAAAUGUAUGGUGUGAACACUUCACAUUGGUUAAUUACCGUAUUUUUCGCUCUAUAAGACGCACAUUUUCCCCUCCACAAAUUAAGGGUUGCCUUCACUGAAGCCUCUGGAGCGCGGCGGGAGCUCCCGCUGUGCUCCGGAGGCUUUGCGUUCCUUUCGCUGAAGCCUGGAGAGCAAGACUCUCCUGGCUUCAGCGAAAGGAACCCGAAGCACUCUGGAGGCUUCGGGUUGCCUUCACUGAAGCCUGGAGAGUGAGAGGGGUCGGUGCGCACUGACCCCUCUCGCUCUCCAGGCUUCAAAGCUAACUGCCUCCAGAGCUCCCGCUGAGCUCCUGAGGCUUCGGGUUCCUUUCGCUGAAGAGUAGGUGCCCCUUCAGCUAAGGCGCAGCGCCCCUUCAGCUAAGCGGGAGGAGAAAUGGAAGGGGCUCCGUUUCUUCUGCCGCUUCGCUGAAGGGGCGCUGCGCAGAGAGGGGGAGAAUUUUUUUUUCUUGUUCUCCCCCUCUAAAACAAGGUGCGUCCUAUGGUCGGGUGUGUCCUAUAGAGCGAAAAAUACGGUAUAGUGUUCUACCUUUCCGGGUUUUUGGAAGGAUUUUAACAAGAUUUAAUAUGAAAAGCGCUUUGAAACUUUAAUGAAAUAUUUAGUAGUGUGAUAAUAAACAAACUAUUUUAUCUUCUUCAGAAAUUAUUCCUUUUGAUACGAGGUUCCUGCUUGAGCUGUGGCCACCUGACCUGUCCACGGGCUGUGAUUCAUUUACUGCUUAACCAGCUGAAACUUCUGGAAGUAGGGUUGCUUCAAGCAGCCCAUGAUCUUGAGGCCGUCCUAAGCAGGGUAAGUUUGGCUCCUCUUGGUUUUUGUCUGAGAGCAUUCAGCAUUUUUCUAAUUCAAUCUUUAUUUUAGUUUUUAGAUGACAACGCAGACGCACCAGGUGCAGAUGUGGAAGAAGUGCUGAGUUUGCACACAAAGGAAUUGCUCCAAAAUAACCAAUUCAGAGAACAUGGUGCACACGUAAGACGAAACAGUAUUAUAGACCACUAUUUAUGGUGCUUUGAAUAAGCAAUCUGCUCUUGCUUCCGUGUUUGAGACAAGCUUGCAAUUCCUCUUUAUUAAAGUGCCUGCCGUUUUGAGGUUAUCUUAGAGUAAACACUCUUCUGGACUAGUUCUUGAAAAAUUUGCAGUGGCAGAUUUACUCAAAUUAUGUUAAAUAGGAAAUGAAAUUAAUAAAAGCAUUGCUUUUUUUCUAACUUCCUACAUCACAUAGUAAUGCAACAUAACGGCCGGCUAACAACUGUAGGAGAACAUAUCUUGUUGCUUGUUUAAAGAAAAUUGGCUUUCAGUAGAAGCCAAGUGAAUUUUGGAUUACUGUAUCUCUUCUACAGUGGUGCCUCGGGUUAAGUACUUAAUUCGUUCCGGAGGUCCGUUCUUAACCUGAAACUGUUCUUAACCUGAAGCACCACUUUAGCUAAUGGGGCCUCCUGCUGCCGCCGCGCUGCCAGAGCACGAUUUCUGUUCUAAUCCUGAAGCAAAUUUCUUAACCUGAAGCACUAUUUCUGGGUUAGCGGAGUGUGUAACCUGAAGCGUAUGUAAUACAGGUACCACUGUAUUAACUCAGGUAUGGUUUUUAAAAUCAUUUUCCAUACCAUUAUCUCUUGAAUAACUUUCACACCAUAAGAUCACAACAUAUUAAAGUGAAAUAUAGUUCACCUGAAUUCUUAUGCACGCUUACCUGGCACUUGCAAAGGAUUGCAUUGUUAGUAGGGCAGGUGAACAGACACGGGCUAAAUCACUACAAACCUACAGGUAAGGAUAUACAAAUUUGAUGUUGCAGGGGCUGAGUUGCUUAGCUAACCAUCAGUCAAACUGUAUCCUUGGGUAAAAUGAUGAGGAAGGGGAUAGUGAGCACAAGAGCUACUGUUUUUGUAAUAUCUCUGUAGUCAGAUUGAGAAGAUGUUGACCUCCCAAUCUGGACAGCCAAGAUCAGGCAUGAACUCUGCAAAAAUUAUAUACCUGGGAGACAAAAUGUUGACAACAGGAAAAAAGGCACCUUGGGUCCAUUGACAAACCAGUGCAUCAAAGAGAAUUUAGUAUAUACAAAAUGCACUAUGUAGCUAGUCUUAGUCUACUUAGGUAAUGUCUGAGUAUGUGUCAGUGCAAUUUUUAUCCAUCCUAGUCUUGUAUCACCGUAUAAGACUAGGUUUUUUUAACCAAAAAAUUAGGUUUAAAAUUGGGGCUCGUCUUAUACACGGGUAGUGCUGAGGGGUGUUUUCUUAAUUUUCUUCCAAAAAUAGUCUUAUACAUGGGUAUAAUACGGUAUAGUCUGGGCUCAGCAUUCCAAACAUUAAAAGAGUCUUCUACAUAAAAAUUGUUUGGAACAAUGUACUCGAGUGUAGUGAGUGUGAAAUGUUGAAACUUCUUUUAACCCAAGAACAAAAAUGUUUAGUACAGUGGUACCUCGGGUUACAGACGCUUCAGGUUACAGACGUUUCAGGUUACAGACUCCGCUAAUCCAGAAAUAAUACCUCGGGUUAAGAACUUUGCUUCAGGAUGAGAACAGAAAUCGUGCUCUGGCAGCAGGAGGCCCCAUUAGCUAAAGUGGUGCUUCAGGUUAAGAACAGUUUCAGGUUAAGAACGGACCUCCGGAAUGAAUUAAGUACUUAACCCAAGGUACCACUGUAAUGGGAUGUAUUUUAUGUGUUUUGAAACUUUUAAGUGCAAUGAAAUAAGGAAACUUGUACAGCCAAAUAUACUGUAAUGUGUGAACCAGGUGAUCACAGGUAUGGUCAGUAACCAUUCUGUUACGAUGGUUAGAAUCAUAUUUGCAAUUGCACUAAAUGGCUGGGACCAUGAUGGUCCAAUUCUACGUUACAUUUGCUGGUGUUUGUGGAAGACUGCCACCACCUAUGUGAAUGAUGAAUGUUUGAAUUGAAAGUGAUUAAUAUGUAGGCUGUGGGUAAAUCCUCAGCGCCUAGGACUUGCCGAUCGCAUGGUCGGCGGUUUGAAUCCCCGCGGCAGGGUGAGCUCCCAUCAUUCGGUCCCAGCUCCUGCCCACCUAGCAGUUCGAAAGCACCCUUAGGUGCAAGUAGAUAAAUAGGUACUGCUUUAUAGUGGGAAGGUAAACGGCGUUCCGUGUGCUGCGCUGGUGCUGGCUCGCCAGAGCAGCUUCAUCACGCUGGCCACGUGACCCGGAGUGUCUGCGGACAGCGCUGGCUCCCGGCCUCUUAAGUGAGAUGAGCGCACAACCCUAGAGUCUGUCAAGACUGGCCCGUACGGGCAGGGGGUACCUUUACCUUUAAUAUGUAGGCUACUGGGAGUAGUGCAAGCCAACAGUGAAUUAUGUAGCUGUUAUUUCUUCCCUUUUAGGUAAAAAACGUAUGCGAGUAUAGAAGCAAACUUAUCUCCCAGUUUUGGAAAUCGCACAUGGGUUCAAAGAGAUGUCCAAACUGCAAGUAAGUAUAUCCAUUUGAUCAGAAGCCAAUUAACCUUAUAAGGGCUGUUUCUUUCCCCUCCCCAGCAAUAACUGCUGGAAUUCUGUAUACUGGUUUUAACAAUUGCAAUGUUGUCCUUUUUUACUUUUUCUCCAAGAGCGGGAAGAUCACUUGUCCGAAAAGAGCACAAUAGCAAGCUCACUGUGACUUACCCUACCACAGUAAUCAAGUCAGGCAAACAGAUGGUAGUGGAGGAAGCAGCAAGUACGUAUGUCGUUGCAUUGAAAUGUAUUUUCAGAGAAAGUAUAACUUCUCAUUUACUUUAAAAGCGUUCGAUAAAUUUUGAAACCCAUUGAUCGUAUUAAGUUCUGAGGGUGACCUGAUUGUGUAGCAUAUCUGUGAUAGAAAGUUCAUGCAAAUACUUAUUUUUAUUUACUUGGAGCUGUUCCUUUGAGACUGGCUAUAUCAAAGACCCAAUGGGUGGAUGCAUAGCUAGAAUAUUUAGAAGUUUAGCUUACCAUUUGUGUGUGCAGCUUUCCACUGGGAUUGGCUGUAGCUGACUGCUGCUGGUAUUGAACAAGUGCAGUUUUUAUUAGUUUGUGUUUCAAUUGUAUGAAAUUCUACAAAUAAUUUACGAUGGAAUUUUUAUGGUUUUUUCCCCAAUCCAUAAACUUUAACUCCUUAGCCAUAGAUGAAACCCAGCUGGGAAAACGUGGCUAUAUGACACCUGCUAUUGCCAAAAAACAUGUUGAAGCCUUGUGGAAGAAUGAAGGUAAGUGAUUGGUCCUUAUUUAUAUUUGGGGUGUGUGUUGUGUCUGUCCAUAUUUAUGGAUACAGCAUAUAGAAUAAUUCCUGUUGUGGGUUUGAUUUUUGUUAUGUUUUGAGAAUUCCUUGCUCUUGGCAUCGAGACAUCUCAGAUGGUUGAGAGGUGCUACGUUUGCCUCUUCCAAAUACUGCGAAAGGGUGUAUCCUGUGACAUCAGUAUCUGGUCUUUUCUGUGGGUAGAAAGAACUGAAAAUGUGUCUCACUUCUCAAGUUGAGGAAGUUGUGCUAUAUCUAAAUUAUUUACAGUGUACACCAGGGCUCAGCCCAGAUGUCGUCAUGCCCGGAGUAGAAAGUUCAAGAACUGCUGCUAGUUAACAUGGCACACAGUCCAACAGGAUGCUUUCCUGAGCAGGCGUCAUUAAAAUAGUUGGGAGCUGUGCAAAAGUUGUGUUCCAUGCAGCUUCCGUUUAUUUCAAUCCCAAUGGAUUUUGUCUUGUGUGCUAGAUUUCGGUGUUCCCCAGUCUGCCACCCAUCAUCUUAUUUCAUAGUUGCAUCUGACCCUGUUGCCUUUUGGUUGUGGGUUUUUGCAUGGCACUAGAAGAUGUUAUAAAGGUAAAGGUAAAGGGACCCCUGACCAUUAGGUCCAGUCAUGGCCGACUCUGGGGUUGCAGCUCUCAUCUCGCUUUAAUGGCCGAGGGAGCCGGCAUACAGCUUCCGGGUCAUGUGGCCAGCAUGACUAAGCCGCUUCUGGCGAACCAGAGCAGCCGUUUACCUUCCUGCUGGAGCGGUACCUUUUUAUCUACUUGCACUGGUGUGCUUUCGAACUGCUAGGUUGGCAGGAGCAGGGACCGGGAGCUCACCCCGUCGUGGGGAUUCGAACCACCGACCUUCUAAUCGGCUGUGGUUUAACCCACAGCGCCACCCGCGUCCCUUCAAAGGUUUUAGGAGGAUAUAAAUUAUGUCCGUGCUCACAGCCAUGAAUACACAGGAAACUAUCAAAUGGAUUUGUUGGAAAACAUACCUUGUAGGUGUGUGUUCUGCGAACAAUUUGUAUUAACACCUGUUUUUGUGUGUGACAGCUUUGACCUAAAUGUAGCAAGGUGCUAAUGCUUCUUUUUUCUGUUUUUAGGUUUUUUCCUUUGCAAGCUUCUCUCUGGCAUGACAGCCAUUGGUGAUUCAAGUUUCAAUCCUGAUAUGUUCUUCCUCGAUAAACUUGUUGUUCCACCUUCCAGGUAACGAAGCACUUUUGGACUUAAUUUCACAAUGUGAUCCUGAAAGGUUUUACUGGUUUACAGUUGUGAUUUGUAUCAGCUCUAGAAAGAGGGCAUUGUUUAUCUCUGGUUAUAGAUAUCGUCCCGUGAAUCGCAUUGCAGACCAGAUGUUUGCAAAUGGUCAGACAGUGAACUUGCAAGCUGUGAUGAAGGAUGCUCUUCUGACUCGGAAACUUCUGGCUUUCAUAGCUCAGGAACAGUGUCAGCCGUUGCAAAUUGAAGAAGGAGACCUGAAGACGGUAAGGUCAGGAGGACCUGUUCAGUGUCUGUUGUAUCAGUGGGAAACGCAUGCGGUUAAAACCCAAUGAGGCUUAUAUUUAUACGCAACAGUAGCCGCAAGGCUAUUGAUUGCGAAAAACUGGAAAAGUGGUAUUGUACCAACAAAAAUAGAGUGGCUUGCCAAAUUAUUGGAGUACUACAAUAUAUCCAAAACAAUGGGAGAAAUUGGAAGGAUCUCAAACGAGAAGAUAGAUAGGGACUGGAAGGUGUUUAAAAGAUACUUGCAAAACCAUAUCGAAAAAUCAGAGCUCCUAUUAGAAUAAACAAGUGGAAAGAAAUUGCAAUUGAGUAGAUUGGAAGUCUAACACAAAGGUGGUGUGGUGAGGGGUGGUGGAUGGUGAUGGGAAAAGGAAUUAUCUGUGGGAUUGAGUGUAAGUAUGUUUGAAGACUUUUAAGGAUUGUAUGAAAUGUAUGUUUGUAUGCUUGUAUAUUUGUAAUAUAUGUGUGUUAACGAUGAAUUAUUUUAACAAUAAAAACUUAAUAAUAAUAAUAAUAAAAAACUCAGUGAGGCUUUUUGACCUCAGUAGUUUUGUUUUUAUGUUUCACAGAUAAACACAGAUAAACAGCCUGUGGAGCCCCUGGACCGUUCUGUCUUAGUGACAAUCCCAGGGCAGACUACUGCAGAUAAGCUGUACAACAUUUGGAUUCGUCUUCAGAGCCAUGUAAAUAUUGUGUUCGACAGCGACAUGGAUAAGUUAAUGUCUGAAAAGUACCCUGGUGUACGUCAGGUGAGAGCUGCAGAAAUAUUCAGUGUUUGGUUGAGUAUUCUGAAGUUGUUGGAAGGGGUUGAUACCUUGUGAACUACAGUCGUACCUUGGUUUUCGAACGGCUUAGUUCUCGAAUGUUUUGGCUCCCGAACGCCACAAACUCGGAAGUGACUGUUCCUGUUUGUGAACUAUUUUUGGAAGCCAAACUCCCAACAGGGCUUCUGAUUGGCUGCAGGAGCUUCCUGCAGCCAAUCAGAAGCCGUGCUUUGGUUUCCGAACGUUUUGGAAGUCGAACGGACUUCCGGAACCGAUUCCGUUCGACUUCCAAGGUACGACUGUAUUCCUGACACUUAUUUAUUUUGCAUAUUUUAAAAAUGCUCUUCAGCGAAACAGCUCCCAGCACAGGUCACAAUGAAAUACAAAGAACAGAAUAUCAAGACGCUGUAGCAAAACAAACCAGUCCUAAUAAAGCCAGCAAUCAAGCAGCACUUAAGCUAAGUUAAGAGACAGAAGUUUAAAAGUCUGGGAGAAUGAAAGAAAACAGUCAUUUGGAGCCAAAAAAGAUAGCAGAGAAGGCCUAACCAGGAGGGCCCAAGGAGUGGUGAGGGAUUGUCAUAAAUGAGGUACCAGCACCAAAAAUAGGUCUGUCAAGUCACUACCCAUCUCAUCUCAAAUAUAUUGGGGAGCCCACCUAGAUGAGAGUUCUCCACCAGUUCUCCUUCAGGUGGGCAGGCUGAUACGGGACCAGACUUCCUUCAGGUAUGCAGGUCCCAAGCCGUGUUAAGGCCUUGAAGGUAAGCAGCAAUGUUUCAAAAUGUGCUCUAAAACGAACAAGAAGUCAGUGCAGUUCUUGUAAGUGCUGGCGUGAUAGGGUUCCAACUUUCAGUCCCAGUUAGUUUAGAAUACAGCUGCUAGGCUUAAAAGUGUAAUUCUCAAGCAGCUUUUGAAAAUAAUGCAUUGCGAUAUCCAAUUCUGGAUUUUUCCAGAGCAUGGAUUACCAAAGCCAAGUUAUCUCUGCCAGGAGGCUACAGCCCCAUAUCAGUCUUGGCUGAUGAAAGUCACACAAUGAUAUACAGACCACCUGAAUCUCUAGUGACAAAGUUGGGUUUAGGAGCAUCCCCAGACCAUAAACCUGGUCUUUAAGGACAUGGGAAUAGCCAAUAUGAUGCCUUCGGAUGUUGUUGGGCUCCAACUCCCACCAUCCCUGACUGCUGGCUGGAGUCCAAGAUUUGAGAGGCCAGAGUUCCCCCUAUGCCUGCUUUAGGGGGAGUAAAUCCUCAUCUGCUGAACACCAUUUCCUUGAGCAGACAAACCACAUAUCCACCAAAUGUCCAUUUUGUAAGGACUGAGUUUUAGAUUAUUGGCCCCCAUCCAACAGUUCAGAACUUGCGCCAUCUCACCUGACUUGAAUGUAAAUGAGAAGUUGAGUUAGGUGUCAUUCACAUAUUGAGGGCACCUCACCAGAUGACCUUCCCCAGCGGUUUCAUGUAUUGAACUUUUAUGCUGAAAACCUAAAUAGGUCAAAAUAGUGAAAAUGUCUGUCUCUCUCUCUCUGUCUCUAUCUCCCUCUCCCCCGAAACGUUUGUGAUAAAGUUUCUGGAGAAAAAGGAUGGCCUGUUCCGCAAGCAUAUGAUGGGAAAGCGAGUGGAUUAUGCAGCUCGGUCAGUCAUUUGCCCUGACAUGUACAUUCGGACCAAUGAAAUUGGCAUUCCUAUGGUAAGAGAAACCUACUUAGUACAGAAGGUGGUUUAUCAUUUUGGAGAUUUUGGGGGUUGGCAUUUUUAUACCUUUCCAUGAUUUUGGAAUAUGUUGUCUUUUAUUAUAAUAAUAAUAAUAAUAAUAAUAAUAAUAAUAAUAAUAAUAAUUGUUCUUGUACCCCACCCAUCUGAUUGGGUUCCUUGCAACGGAAUAUACAGUGGUACCUUGGUUUACAAACUUAAUCCGUUCCGGAAGUCCGUUCUUAAACCAAGGCAUGCUUUCCCAUAGUAGCGGAGGACUCAAUUUGCACUCAACAGGAAGCGGAACAUGUUCUGCUCCCAAGGCAAAGUUCGCAAACCAAAACACCUACUUCUGGGUUUGCAACAUUCUUAAUCCAAGUUCCAAAAUCCAUAAACUAAGCUGAUCUUAAACCAGGGUACCACUGUAAUAGAACACAACAAAACCUUUAGCAUUCAAAGCUUCCUGAAACAGGGCUGCCUCCAGAUGUCUAUGAAAAGUCAUAUAAUUGUUUUGCUCUUUGACAUCUGGUGGGAGGGUGUUCUACAGGGGGCAUGUAACUACCAAGAAGGCCUUCUGCCUGGUUCCCUGUAACUUCACUUCUUGCAGUGAGGGAACCGCCAGAAGGCCCUCGGAGCUCGACCCUACUUCUAAAGCUGAGAAUUUGUGUCUUCUAAUCUAUUUCCUCUGAAACAUCUUGCAGUGAUGAUUGGUCAGGUAGGCUUCAUUGGGAACACAUAAUUUUCAAUGACUAUGUGUGUAUCACCACCAAUAUACACAGCACUUUGCAAAGUAACAUCAGCCAAAAAAAGGACCCACAUGGAGGCAACAAACUAAAUGUACAGAGAAGGAUGGACUGAAAGAGGAAGAAGAAGGAAUGAUAAAGGGAGGGCCAGGUUAUUUUGACCUUGCUGCAGUUGUGGGUGAGAGUUAAAAGCCUAUGACAGUGAAUAAUAUUUAUCUCGCUAGUACACUGAUUACUUAGUCUUAGUAAGGAGAAUGGAAGUGAAUCUCUGCUCUUGUGAUACCACGGACAAGAACUUGAUCCUUGCCUUUGCUUUUUCUUCCUUGUAGGUGUUUGCUACCAAGCUGACUUAUCCUCAGCCUGUAACUCCCUGGAAUGUCCAAGAAUUGAGGCAGGCGGUCAUCAAUGGUCCCAAUGAGCACCCAGGUGCUUCCAUGGUUAUCAACGAAGAUGGGUCUCGCACGAUACUGAGCACAGCCAGUCAGACCCAGAGGGAAGCCAUAGCCAAGCAACUUCUGACUCCUUCCACAGGGGCACCGAAACCAGGGAUAAAAAUUGUGAGUAGAGUUGCUUCACACAUAAGGGCACUUCAGGGCAGCCAACAUGGUGCUCUCCAAAUGGUUGGAGGUCCAGUGGUCAGGGAUGAUGGGAGUUGUAGUCCCAUCAUCCCUGACCGGUGUAGGUGGAGGGCAUCAUAUUGGAUAAUGCCCCUGACCUAGAAGUUAGGAUGAUGAGGUUAAAGACUUAAAACAAAAAAACCCCACAACCCUCCCUGGCUAGAUGACUCAGCUUGCAUCAUUGAAGAUUACAGGACUUCUAGCAGUCCACCGCCAAGCUGGCUCCAUCAGGUCCAAAACUUAGAGCAAGGGGUGCAGGAUAAUCUGGUCCCCUCUCAACACCUUCCUCAGUCGAGGGAACACACUUCUCUCCUUAGGCAAAUGGAGCAUUGCUUUCUGAAACCCCAGUAUCAGUUAGUCUGAACAAAGGUACUGGACCAGUAGGUGAAAGGCAGAUUCUGGGUUCUCCUUACUUCUCUGUGAAUUCUCCUUCCACUUUGGCUGGCUGUGUCCUUUUAAACAUGCUUUGGGGGGUGCUUUGUUGGUUUGUUUUCAUUUUAAUUGUGUAUUUUGAGUUCUCAUCUUGUUGUGAACUACCCUGUGAUCUUCCGAUGAAGGGUGGUACAGUGGUACCUUGGGUUACAUACGCUUCAGGUUACAUAUGCUUCAGGUUACAGACUCUGCUAACCCAGAAAUAGUACCUCGGGUUAAGAACUUUGCUUCAGGAUGAGAACAGAAAUUGUGCUCCUGCGGUGCAGCGGCAGCGGGAGGCCCCAUUAGCUAAAGUGGUGCUUCAGGUUAAGAACAGUUUCAGGUUAAGUACGGACCUCCGGAACGAAUUAAGUACUUAACCUGAGGUACCACUGUAUACAGAUUAAACAAACGAAACAAGUAACGGACUAUGAAUAAAAAGAUUUCCUAGGAGGUUGUCAUAACAAGACUCCUUCCUCCCCUUCUCCUGUCUCCACUGGCUCCAAUCUCACUGCUCAGGCCUGCAAUGGAUUCCAUGAGAGUCCUGUGCCCCAUUAGUUUUAGUCAAUAGAUUCCACCAUCAAGGAAGAAGAGAGGAGAGACACAGGUUGCAGCUUCUUAGCCUUUAGGAGGGAAGAAAGGCUCUGUGUCUCCUACUGUGUAUUGAGAAAUUAUCUUAACUCUCUUGGAAAGAUUUCUUUUUUAUGUGGCUGAACUUGAACCUCUUGCAGGUGUGCCGCCAUAUUAAAAACGGAGAUGUCCUUCUGCUGAAUCGGCAGCCUACCCUUCACAGACCCUCCAUACAAGCUCAUCGAGCCAGGAUCCUGCCCGAAGAGAAGGUCCUGAGGCUUCACUAUGCCAACUGCAAAGCCUACAACGCUGAUUUUGACGGCGACGAAAUGAACGCCCACUUCCCUCAGAACGAACUGGGCAGAGCUGAAGCCUACGUCCUGGCGUGUACUGACGAACAGUAUCUUGUCCCCAAGGUGAAUCGGGGAGCAAAUUGUGUUGGACGUUGCUUGAUUUCCCCCCUGCUUCCUUGGCGUUUUCCUUCUCUGUUUUUCAGCCAUGCGAUGGUAGGAAAGAUAGGUGCUGCAUAACUCUUUAUCUGCCAGUGGAGGAAACAGGAUUGUGAACUUACAAAAAAUAUUGGCGGGCAUGCAUUGCCAGUCUUUGGAAUUCCCAUUGGAUUCUCUGGGAGGUCCAGCUGCAAUCAAUUUGCAUGCCAAUCAAUGGAGCACAAGGCCUCUGAAUGCAAUUCAGCGCUGGCUAUGCACUGGGAGGGAGCCAGGGUGGUAUAAUUUUGUAACUGAGCUGUGGUACAACUCGAGGUGGGGUGUUUUUGGGGGGUGGGGUGGGGGUGGAGCUUUUGAAAAUAAAAUCUAAGGCAGCGACUGGCAAAGUGACCAGCUUUGGGAUGGGGGUCUAAUAAUAAUGUCCACUGUGGUAUUUUAAAGCAUGGUUUUGUUGUUGUUGUUUAGUCGUUUAGUCGUGUCCGACUCUUCGUGACCCCAUGGACCAGAGCACGCCAGGCACUCCUGUCUUUGUCCAUGGAGUUUUCUUGGCAGGGAUACUGGAGUGGCUUGCCGGUUCCUGCUCCAGGUGGAUCACGUUUGGUCAAAACUCUCCACUAUGACCUGUCCAUCUUGGGUGCCCUGCUCGGCAUAGCUCAUAGCUUCUCUGAGUUAUUCAAGCCUCUUCGUCACAGCAAGGCAGUGAUCCAUGAAGGGGAAAGCAUGGUUUAGCAAUUGUAAAAAUCCAGAGGGGUUAUGUAAUGUCUUGAAGGGAGGGGAUACCAAAGUUGAUUGCAGUGGCAUUGUGCGGGGUGGCGGUGGGAAGAAGAGCAGUUAGCCCAGGCUUCCUUAACCUUGGCCCUUCAGAUGUUUUUGGCCUACAACUCCCAUGAUCCCUAGCUAGCAGGACCAGUAGUCAGGGAUGAUGGGAAUUGUAGUCUCAAAACAUCUGGAGGGCCAAGGUUGAGGAAGCUUGAGUUAGCCCUUUUGCUGCAUGACAUUUUGAGGAGCAAAAUUCCCUCUCCAAGAUGCGUUGCAGUCUGGAGAGGCCUUUCACCUUUUUUCACGUGGGGGAGAAAGUGGGUGGUGGUGUUUAUUGCAGAAGCAGCCUGUGGGGAAAGGGCUUUUCCUCAGCCUCCCUGCCAUUAACUUUGCAGCCUCCCCUAACGCUUAUUUCCUUAAAGGGUCCAUGCACUUUCAUGCUUCUAAGCCCCAGGAUGGUUGCAUAAGCCCCUCUGAGCCACAGUCUCCCAGCCUGUAGUGUGGUGAUAAUAACAGUGGGCUGUUGGUUUUGUCCAAGGUCUUUUCCAAGUUAAUUUGUAACUUAAUCCUUUAAGUGCAGUGUUUAAAGGAGCUAUAGAAUUUCCCACUGGACCUGCUAACAUAGCGCUUGACGCUUCCUUUUCUGUCUUGUUUAUUUUUCAGGAUGGGCAGCCGCUGGCAGGUUUGAUCCAAGAUCACAUGAUCUCUGGUACCAGUAUGACCACACGGGGCUGCUUCUUCUCUAGAGAACAGUAUGUGGAACUUGUGUAUCAAGGGCUGGUAGACAAAAAAGGAAUGGUGAAGCUUCUCCCUCCAGCCAUUAUAAAGCCGCAACACUUGUGGACAGGGAAGCAGGUAGGUUAACCAGUACGCCUUAAAUAAAAUAGUCUGUUCAGAGUUGAACAGUAUGAUUUAAGGCUUGCCCUUUCACUGAAAUAAUGGGCACAUUUGUGUGUGUGUGUGUGUGUGUGUGUGUACACAUAUAUACAUAUAGAAUCAUAGAAUCAUAGAGUUGGAAGAGACCACAAGGGCCAUCGAGUCCAACCCCCUGCCAAGCAGGAAACACCAUCAGAGCACUCCUGACAUAUGGUUGUCAAGCCUCUGCUUAAAGACCUCCAAAGAAGGAGACUCCACCACACUCCUUGGCAGCAAAUUCCACUGUCGAACAGCUCUUACUGUCAGGAAGUAUAUAUACAUAUACGGUGAUACCUUCGGUUGCGGACGGGAUCCGUUCCAGGGCUCUGGUCGGAUCCCGAGGUUUUUGCAACCGGAGGUGCCUGCUCUGUGCAUGCGCAGCAGAGCGUUUCUGUGCAUGCGUGCACAGCAAAACCUGGAAAAAUACUUCUGGGUUUGCCGCGUGUGUAUCCCGAAGGAUAUGUAACCAGAGGUGCUCGUAAGUAGAGGUACUACUUACAUAUAUAAUCUUACUUACAUAUAUACAUACUUACAUACGUACAUCUAUCUAUCUACAUCUCUGGAGUUAUUGGAUUGUGGUUUUUGUUUGUUUGUAUAAUGCAGUUUCCCCUUGAUAGUGUGAAGGAGCAAUCUGUUAGCUAUACACCUGAUACUUGGAUAGAAACAAGAGGAAUGAGUCAAGCUGGUUAAGAAUAUGCCCCAUCCCUCCUGCUGCUCUUGGCUGUGUUGCUGCCUGCUGAAACGGGAUUGGAGACUCCCCAGUUUUCCUUUUAACGUGCUGGACUUUUCCAUUAUGUUUUUCCCCACCCGCCCCCAUUAUGUAUUAAGUCCAGCUUCCUUCCAUAUUUUUCAGUCUUUUCUCCCCCGCCCAUCACGAUUUUCCCCAUUUUCCUCCAGCUCCCCUCACCUUUCCCCCCUGGAAUUCGAUUCUGUGAGCAGGGCUUGUUUGUUGUUGUUUUUUAUGCAGCACCUCCCUUUAGAGCAUAAUAGGUGCUUUCUAAAUAUAUUUUCAACUAUUUUCUUUUAUAAACCGCGCUUCAUCUGAAGAUCUCAGAGUGGUUCACAAACUAAAAAUACAGGGCAAAAGCACAAAAUGAAAAAGUGAAAACACGACAAUACCCCCCCACAAAAAAACAAUAAGAUGGGUGAAGAUGGCUAAAACACAGAGAUCCUUUUGAUAGGUUGCCUGCAUCCAAGGCCUUGUUGUUUUUGUGCAGUUCAGCGUUGUAUGUAUGUGCUUCCUGCUGUUCUAUCCACAAAGGUGAAUGCACCAUUUGCCAACACGUAGGGGUAGGUCAACGCCUUGAAGGGACCAACUGCACAUCAGAAUGAAUUCCUUUUCCAUUUGUAAUCAAACCUUGUAUUCCAUCGCAGGUUGUUUCUACAUUGUUAAUAAAUGUAAUUCCAGAGGAUCACAUUCCACUGAACUUGCUUGGGAAAGCCAAGAUUGAUGGAAAAGCCUGGACGACAGGCUCUGCCAGUAGAAUUCAUGGAUCGGGUCUUGCCUUUAUGUGCGAAUCGCAGGUAUGGUUCGAUGUUUAAUAAUGUACAGGGUCGACAAGGGUCCCAGAGUUUUGGCUGGCCUUGCUGGCCAGACAGGACAGUCCUUAUUGACAUAUGAGCAUAUCCUGAUCAAUACAGGCAACUCCCCAUUUAUGCAGGGGUUAUAUUCCAAAGCACUGCACAUUUAAGUGAAAUUGUGUAUAUUUGAAACAUCAUUGAAAUAGCCUGCAAAUCCCACCUCUGCCCUGUGCUGCCCCUUUUUGUGACGUUUUUGGGUCACUUCUGGGUUGAUCGCAAUGCACAUAUGCCCAGUUGCACACAUAUUGAACAUGAGCAGAUGGGGGUCGCCUGUACCUCUGAGGCUCCAGGCCCUGUCUGCCCACCCUGGCAUUAUUAUUACUAUAAUUAAUUAAAUUUCUAUACCGUUCUUCAUCUGAGGAUCACGGAGCAGUUUACAGUAUAAAUACAGGUCAAGGAUCUGUGCUGUUUUGGCAAAACCAAAAUGGGCACCUAAAAGUGCACUAAAAGAGGAAGUUUCGGAGUGGGUGUAGUCAAGUCUUGACUUGGAAGUCUUUUAUAUCUGCCAGGUUGUCAUCAGAAAUGGAGAGCUGCUCUGUGGGGUGUUGGAUAAGGCACAUUAUGGUAGCUCUGCCUAUGGGCUGGUCCACUGCUGCCAUGAGGUCUAUGGUGGUGAGACCGGUGGAAAGGUGCUCACAGCUCUGGCUCGGCUCUUCACUGCCUACCUGCAGUUCUACAGAGGUUUUACAAUGGGUGAGUAAUCCAUUUCUCAUUACUGUUUCUCUUAAAAAGAAGCACACAGUUGUUUCAGCACCCAAAAUAUUAAUCAAAACAUCUCCUAAAAUGACACUUCUGCUCUGAUCCUUUGUUUGAAAGCAAUCUGCAUUUAAGGGACGCGGGUGGCGCUGUGGGUUAAACCACAGAGCCUAGGACUUUCCGAUCAGAAGGUCGGCGGUUCGAAUCCCCGCGACAGGGUGAGCUCCCGUUGCUCGAUCCCUGCUCCUGCCAACCUAGCAGUUCGAAAGUACAUCAAAGUGCAAGUAGAUAAAUAGGUACCGCUCCGGCGGGAAGGUAAACGACGUUUCUCGCGUUAUUGGCCGAGGGAGCCGGUGUACAGCUUCCGGGUCAUGUGGCCAGCAUGACUAAGCCGCUUCUGGCGAACCAGAGCAGCGCACGGAAAUGCCGUUUACCUUCCCGCCGGAGCGGUACCUAUUUAUCUACUUGCACUUUGACGUGCUUCAAACUGCUAGGUUAGCAGGAGCAGGACCAGCAACGAGCUCACGCAGUGCAGGAUCAACCACCGACCUUCUGAUCGGCAAGCCCAAGAGGCUCAGUGGUUUAACCCACAGCACCACCCGCGUCCCUCAUAAAAAGGUAGUUGCUUAAAUAAAGUAAUUGGUAAGCCAAGCAGAGCAGAAAGUCUGUCUGGGUUUACCAGAGAAGAGCUUCCUCUCAGGAAAAAAAAAACCCUGAAGAAAAACUUGCUGAAUCUCAGGUGGGAGAGGGUAAGCACUCAGUUCUAUCUUCUCAUUCUAGGAGUUGAAGAUAUCUUGGUCAAACACCGGGCAGACCACAAGAGGCGCAAGAUCAUUAAAGAAAGCACCUGGUGUGGUACAAAGGUAAGCUGAUACUUUUUUGGGGGGGGGGGUCUCACUUCCCCAACCGCCUUGCAUUGUUAUACCUGACUUGGCCCUUAACACCGCCUUGUUCUUUUCAGGCUGUUCAAGCUGCGUUUAACUUGCCUCAAACCUCAUUGGAUGAGGAGGUCCGAGGGAAGUGGCAAGACGCCCAUCUUCACAAAGACCAGAGAGAUUUUAACAUGGUCGACCUGAAAUUCAAAGAGGAAGUCAACCAUUACAGCAAUGAGAUUAACAAGGUUUGCAUCAAGUAAUUUGAGAUCAUCCUAACAUAACGUUGGUUCAUGUAUUGGACUUCUUAUCAUUCCUGUGCAGUCUACAGAAAUAGAGAUAUAGAUGUUUAAAUACAUUUGUUUGAGGAGCUCAGGGGCAUGUAAUAUACAAGUUCUCCCAUUUUAUGAUUGGAGCAAUAAAGUGGCUUAGGUUAGACCCAAGCCUGCCCAGUGGGCCUUAUAGAUAGAAGGGGAGUUGGGGACUCGACCUUUCCUGCUCGUAGUCCGGGUUCCUGCCCACUUCACCACACUAGCUCUUGACAGAGUAAUUCGUACUGCUUUUUCACUAAAGAAAUUGUAGUUCCAGUAACAAUAUACAGUCAUACCUCAUGUUACGUUUGCUUCAUGCUACAUUUUUUCAGGUUGUGUCCUGCGGUGACCCAGAAGUACCGGAAAGGGUUACUUCCGGGUUUCGCUGCUCGCGCAUGUGCUCAAGCGCUAAAUCGCGCUUUGCGUAUGCGCACAAGCGCCAAAUCGCAGUGCAUACCUGCACAGAUACGGCACUUCAGGUUGCACACUUUUCAUAUUGCGAACGGGCCUCCGGAAUGGAUCCCUUUCGCAACCAGAGGUACCACUGCAUAGAAAAGAGAGUUGGUUCUUUAUUUUCCCCAUUGGUUUCUUAUAUCCCCCCUAUUUCUUGGUAGUGUCGUCCUGGCUUAAACAGUGACUUUGUUUCUUCUUUUAUUCCCCAAAAACUGUAGGUGUGCAUGCCUCUUGGACUUCACCGGCGUUUCCCAGAGAAUAACUUGCAGCUGAUGGUCCAGUCGGGAGCCAAAGGUUCUACUGUGAAUACUAUGCAGGUAGUGUUUUCAGACAGUGCAAUUUAGCUGUAAUCUGCAAAGCGAGAUCAAUAUACCUUCCACGUCGUCCAGACUUCUGAACCAGGAGUGCUGUGCAUAGCCAAGUGAUAGCAGUGAUUCAUUUUGUGACCAUUCAAUACUACAAAUCGUUCUGCUCUGAACAUUCUUAUUUUAGGACGCCAGUGAAGAUUAGCUAGCCACCACUCCUGUCUACUUGUUUUCAGUUCCUCUUGUUGGUAUUUAAAUGCAUAAAUAUCAGAGAGAAAUGACAGGGAUCUUUUUAGAUUACAGUGGUACCUCGAGUUAAGUACUUAAUUCGUUCUGGAGGUCUGUUCUUAACCUGAAGCACCACUUUAGCUAAUGGGGCCUCCUGCUGCCGCUGCGCCGCCGGAGCACGAUUACUGUUCUCAUUCUGAAGCAAAGUUCUUAACCCGAGGUACUAUUUCUGGGUUAGCGGAGUCUGUAACCUGAAGCAUCUGUAACCCGAGGUACCACUGUAUUCUAGUAGGAUGAAAAUUGCAGGUUACAUGACAGAACUUGAAUAUAAUAAUGCUUUAACUCAACAUGUUUUUAAAGAGCUAUAGUUUUAUUUGAAGAAGUCAAAGUAAGCUAGUUAAUUCUGAUCUGAUCUUGAGUUUGUAUCUCAUUGUGUAUCUCUCUUGGCUUCUUAAAGAUUUCUUGCUUGCUGGGCCAGAUUGAGUUGGAAGGUCGAAGGCCUCCCUUGAUGCCAUCUGGCAAAUCGUUGCCAUGUUUCCAACCUUAUGACUUUCCCCCCAGAUCAGGGGGGUUUGUGGCUGGCAGAUUCCUCACUGGCAUUAAACCGCCCGUAAGUUCUUCCGCCUUGACUCUUUUUCUCUGGGCUGCAUUUCUCUCAUGUGACUUAAAUGUACCUUCAAGCUGACAUAAUCUAAUACCAUUUUGUCUCUGUUCUGUUGGAUAUUGCCAGUUUUAAGCAGAGCCUUACGUAGCGUGCUGCUGCCUGGUUACAUGGGGUAAGAGUCCUUUUCUCACAGAUGUUAUAUUUGUGGUUUAGGAGUACUUCUUCCAUUGUAUGGCUGGUAGGGAGGGUCUAGUGGACACAGCUGUCAAAACCAGUCGGUCUGGAUACCUUCAAAGGUAAGAGCUGCUUUAUUACAGUAUUUCUGUUUUUACACUUACCGAUGCUACUGCCUCAGUGAGUGGCGUGCAGUGGAAUUUUUCAUAGGGGAACAGUUAGGGCCAGGCGUGCCAGCUUGCAAGGACGAUUGGAGCGGGGGGCGACAUUCCACACAUGAGCAUCACACCUCCCUCCCUAAGGCUUUGGGAAGAAGGCUCCAGGAUGCUGGAAUUCUGCUGCCUCCUUCCCAAAAUCCACUUGGCUUUCGGAAGGUCCGGGAGGGCUCUUGGACCCUGUCGGAGCAUCGUGCCUCCCUCCCUAAACCAGGCAGAAGCUUCCUGGGCUUUGGGAAGGAGGCACCAGACUUUAAUACUCUAAUUUACUGGGUUCGAAUCCCUGCGAUGGGGUGAGCUCCCAUUGCUCUGUCCCAGCUCCUGCCUACCUAGCAGUUCGAAAGCACACCAGUGCAAGUAGAUAAAUAGGUACCGCUGCGGCGGGAAGGUAAAUGGCAUUUCCGUGCGCCCUGGCUCCCGUCAUGGUGUUCCCUUGUGCCAGAAUGCUGGCCACAUGACCCGGAAAGCUGUCUGUGGACAAACGCCGGCUCCCUCGGCCUGAAAGCAAGAUGAGCACCGCAACCCCAGAGUUGCCUUUGACUGGACUUAACCAUCCAGGGGUCCUUUAUCUUUUACCUUUACCGGGAACAUUUAGGGGACUAACCUAGUCCCCCUAGUCCACCACUGUACUGCCUAUUUCUAAUCAGCAAGGAGCAAACUAUUUAGCCGUCUUAAAUAUAGCCUCUUUCAUGUCAGAUUGAUCAUUAGCAAGCAGGCAUUCUGCUGUGUUGUAUCCAACGGCUGCAUUUCUAAAGUUUCUUGUAAAUCUUUUAAAGACACUGACUUCAGGGUCCCCUAACAUUCUCCUCCUCUUGUCACGUUAAUCUUUGUGCAGGUGUAUCAUAAAACAUUUGGAAGGGCUGAUAGUUCACUAUGACCUGACUGUGCGAGACAGCGAUGGCAGCCUAGUCCAGUUUCUCUAUGGAGAAGAUGGCCUAGACAUCCCCAAGACACAGUUCUUGCAUUCCAAACAGUUCCCUUUCAUCACGGAUAACCACAAGGUAGGGUUUUCUGCCUCCAUUUAUUUGUGUAGACUUUGGAGUGUAUCUUCUUCUAAAAAGGACUUAUUCUGAAAAUGGCAUGUUGCAGGGUUUUCGGGAGAAAUGAAAUACCGUAUUUUUUGCUCUAUAAAACUCACUUUUUCCCUCCUAAAAAGGAAGGGGAAAUGUGUGUGCGUCUUAUGGAGCGAAUGGAGGCUGUGCAGCUGUCACAGAAGCCAGAACAGCAAGAGGGAUUGCUGCUUUCGCUGCACAGCGAUCCCUCUCGCUGUUCUGGCUUCUGAGAUUCAGAAUAUUUUUUUUUCUUGUUUUCCUCCUCCAAAAACUAGGUGCGUCUUGUGGUCUGGUGUGUCUUAUAGAGCGAAAAAUACGAUAUGUGCAAUGGCUGCAUAGCGGUGUCUGUCAGAAAAGGCCCUUUCAUGGUAAGUGGCCAGUGUUCCAUCCCCAUCAACUGUUUUUGUAUAUUUCUCACAGGUGAUAGAGAAAUCAAAGCAUUUGGAUGAAGUGUUGCCGAAAAUGGACCCCCAGCAAGCAGACAGCCAGUUCAGAUCCAUCAAGAGAUGGCAGAGCAAGCAUCAGCAGUCUUUGAGAAGGGAAGGAGGCUUUUUGCUGUUUUCUCAGGAAAUGUUGGCUAGUGUAAAAGCACAGAUCCCUACAGGAGAACUUGUGAAUGGGCGAGAUCCUGCAACUCUGCAGGUAAUUUUCAGUACAGAUGGGGCUUGUCAACCUAGGAAGGUAGCCCAUCUAGGAGAAGGAAAAUUGAUCUUAAACCUCCAGUGCAGGCUUCCUCAACCUCGGCCCUCCAGAUGUUUUUGGCCUACAAAUCCCAUGAUCCCUAGCUAGCAGGACCAGUGGUCAGGGAUGAUAGGGAUUGUAGUCUCAAAACAUCUGGAGGGCUGAGGUUGAGGAAGCCUGCUCCAGUGCCUUGCAGGAUAUCUUUGGAAGAAGAAAAAGGCUAAGGAGUAAACUCUACACAAAUCCAAAGUGGAAUCCCUAAGACAAUUGGAAGGCGUCUUGUAUGCCUCCUUCUGGCAACUCCUGCAGCCAAGCUGGUGCCAAAUGUAUUGCUCUGCUUUCCUUUGGACCACAUCUGCAAGGCCGAGAGAGAGGUCUUGUCAUCUGAGCAGCCCAAGACCUCCAUACACACUGACCAGGCUUGCACCCCAGGGAGGUCGCUUCAGUGCUGCUAAUGUGACGGUUUGACUUCACCCCCAGAGGUGCACUCUAUUGUCUCUUGAGAUGGAUGCCAAUAAUAUUUAUAUACUGUCCAAUUGUCUGGGUGGUUUGCAGUUGAUUGUAAUGAUUCGUGAAUGCAAAUCAUUGCAUGGUUUAUGGUUUUUGUAGUUAUAAGGGAAAUGCCGUAUUUUUUGCCCUAUAAGACUCACUUUUUCCCUUCUAAAAAGUGAGGGGAAAUGUGUGUGCCUCUUAUGGAGCGAAUGCAGGCUGCGCAGCUAUCCCAGAAGCCAGAACAGCAAGAGGGAUUGCUGCUUUCACUGCGCAGCGAUCCCUCUUGCUGUUCUGGCUUCUGAGAUUCAGAAUAUUUUUUUUCUUGUUUUUCUCCUCCAAAAACUAGGUGCGUCUUGUGGUCUGGUGCGUCUUAUAGAGCGAAAAAUACGGUAAUUUGCCUCUGUACCAUGUUUUUUUAAAAAUGGUUCUUUCAAGUGCAGGAAAUCUGCGUACAAUACUGGGGGGGGGGGACUUAUGCUGCCUUUAAUUCUGCUACCCAUUUCAGUUGUUAAAGAUGUGGUAUGAAUUGAGCGAGAAGAAGCGGAAGAAGUAUCAGAAGAAGGCAGCGAAGUGUCCUGAUCCUAGCCUUGCUGUCUGGCGGCCAGACAUCCAUUUUGCAUCAGUAUCGGAAACAUUUGAAAGAGAAGUUGAGAAUUUCCUCAGAGAGUGGGACACUCGGAACAACACGAGCUACAGCAAAUCUGAACUUUCUUCUCAGAGGUAGCAAUUUUUAUUUUAAGGCAUAUGCAAGCACUGCUGCUUCUGUCUUAGGGUCCAGAAUGCCUCGUCUAUUUAUUUAUUUAAGUAUCUAUUAAGCGACAUCUUAGGUCUCUACUAAUUGUGAAGAGACAAUUGAUUGCAUCACAAAGUUGCUGCAGAUUCUGAACAGGUUGUCAACAUGUGACUGUCCUUCAGCAUGCUACAAUAGUUUCCUGGUGUGGAGCUGAAAUGUCUUUAUAAUCCUGAAAAAGAGAGCCUAAAUCUUCAAGAUUAACAGUGUUCUAAUUCACAAAUAGGGACGCGGGUGGCGCUGUGGGUUAAACCACAGAGCCUAGGACUUGCCAAUCAGAAGGUCGGCAGUUCGAAUCCCCGUGACGGGGUGAGCUCCCGUUGCUCGGUCCCUGCUCCUGCCAACCUAGCAGUUUGAAAGCACGUCAAAGUGCAAGUAGAUAAAUCGGUACCGUUCCGGCGGGAAGGUAAAUUGUGUUUCCGUGCGCUGCUCUGAUUCGCCAGAAGUGGCUUAGUCAUGCUGGCCACAUGACCCGGAAGCUGUACGCCAGCUCCCUUGGCCAAUAAAGCGAGAUGAGCGCCGCAACCCCAGAGUCGGUCACGACUGGACCUAAUGGUCAGGGGUCCCUUUACCUUUACUAAUUCACAAAUAAUAAACCUAAUACAUUGUUGUGUUGCUUACUUGCCAUCCAACACAAACCAGUGGUCUAGGACAGGAGUGAGGAAUGUGUGUGGCCCUCUGGAUGUUUCUGGACUCCAACUCCCAUCAGUCCCAACCAGCAUGGUUGACAAUUGUGAAUGAUGGGAGUUGUAGUCCAGCCACAUCUGGAGAGUGACGGGUUUCCUGUCUCUGGUUUAGGGCUCUCUCUUUGCUGUUUUUACUUGUACGGCCGGCUUUUUAUCUUCCAAGAAUUACUUCUGUAAUAGUAACAGAGGAGGCUUUAGGAAUCAUUAAUGCUACACUUGCCAGGUAACAGCUGCAGAGAGAGUUAAGACGCUGGCACUGAAUCUUAUGUGGAGCUGGAAAAUAUGUGCGUAUUUGAAAGAGAGGCAAAGAGGGAUAGAGGAAUGUGCAGCAUGAUACUCUGUAGGUCUGCUCAGAAGUAAGUCCUUCCAGAUUCAAUUGCACUUAAAGGUAAAGGGACCCCUGACCAUUAGGUCCAGUCGUGUCCGACUCUGGGGUUGCGCCGCUCAUCUCGCUCUACUGGCUGAGGGAGCCGGCGUACAGCUUCGGGGUCAUGUGGCCAGCAUGACUAAGCCACUUCUGGCGAACCAGAGCAGCGCACGGAAACACCGUUUACCUUCCCGCCGGAGCGGUACCUAUUGAUCUACUUGCACUUUGACGUGCUUUCGAACUGCUAGGUUGGCAGGAGCAGGGACCGAGCAACAGGAGUUCACCCCGUCACGGGGAUUCGAACCGCCAACCUUCUGAUCAGCAAGUCCUAGGCUCUGUGGUUUAACCCACAGCGCCACCCGCAUCCCCCAAUUGCACUUACUCCUUGGUAAUUGCGCAUAGGAGUUGUAGUCUUAAGGAAGGAGGUGGGAUAGAUGAAAACAGGAAUUGCUAUUUGAAUGAUGCACCAGGGCCUUUUAAAGCCUUUACGCCGGCAUAGGAUGUGGGUGGGUGUCAUUUUGACUCUGCUUUAGGCAUCAAAAUCACAGCACCCUGAUUAUGAAAUAGUGAAGGCUUUGCUUUUCCAGGGUGUUUUGUUAGAAUCGGUUGCCUCCUUGAAAGGUUAGUCCGGUCCAAUUUGUCGUUUUGACAUUUCUGUUUUAUUGUAAGUAACUUUUGAGCACAUCUUAUACAGAAAGGCAGGAUACCAAAUUCAUAAACCAGCUCCUUACUCGGGUGUCCUCAGGUUAAAAGACUUGCUUCAUUUGAAGUGGCAGCAAUCGCUCUGUGACCCAGGAGAAGCUGUUGGUCUCCUUGCUGCUCAGAGUAUUGGAGAGCCCUCCACGCAGAUGACUCUGAACACCUUUCACUUUGCUGGAAGAGGCGAAAUGAACGUCACACUCGGUAUCCCGAGGUAAGAUAAUGUUGUGUUGUUUUGUUUUGUACUUUCUUCUAACCACUUCUCUCUCUAAGCUGUGCUGCACUGAAUACAGAAGAAGAAGAAGAGUUUGGAUUUGAUAUCCCGCUUUAUCACUACCCGAAGGAGUCUCAAAGCGGCUAACAUUCUCUUUUCCCUUCCUCCCUCACAACAAACACUCUGUGAGGUGAGUGGGGCUGAGAGACUUCAGAGAAGUGUGACUGGCCCAAGGUCACCCAGCAGCUGCAUGUGGAGGAGCGGAGACGCGAACCCGGUUCCCCAGAUUACGAGUCUAUUGCUCUUAACCACUACACCACACUGGCUCUCAGAUAGAAAAAGGCAGAGACUUGCCUUAUCAUGAAAAAUUGAAUAUGCUAAUUUUUUUAUUCUUGCCAUUAUGGUCCAGUCCCCCCACAAUAACUUUAGUUUUCAUUGGGAAAUGAAAAUAAUUGCUUUCAUAUUUUUUUCACUGCUCUGCCAUCUUGAGUACUUCCUGCCUUCUGGGAAAAUUUCAGCCUUUCCCUCCAGUACCCAGAGGGCAGGGCCUAGAGCAAUGCUGAAUGUCUGUCCCACUUAUAAAGAGAGUAGACUUUCAGCAGGUAAGAAUUCUCUUUUAAAAAAAAGUCUCUUUAAUAUCCGUGUGUCUAAACGUUCAAUAAUUCUUUGCUAUAGGUUGCGGGAGAUCCUGAUGGUGGCUAGUGCUAAUAUUAAAACCCCGAUGAUGAGUGUUCCUGUACUUAAUACCAAUAAAGCUCACAAGAAGGUGAAGAGGCUGAAGAAGCAGCUUACCAGAGUAUGCUUAGGCGAGGCAAGUCAUUCUUUAUAUGGAUUGAUUGGUCGUGGAGACACUGUCAUGAGCAGAGACUUUGGUGGGUGGGGUGAGCAGUGUGUAUCUUUGCAUGUAAGUCUUAGACCUCCCCUCUCCCUUCCUGAAGCCUUUCCUUUCUGGUACAGUGGUACCUUGGGUUACAGAUGCUUCAGGUUACAGACACUUCAGGUUACAGACUCCGCUAACCCAGAAAUAGUACCUCGGGUUAAAAACUUUACUUCAGGAUGAGAACAGAAAUCAUAUGGUAGCAGCCCGGCAGCAGCAGGAGGCCCCAUUAGCUAAAGUGGUACCUCAGGUUAAAAACAGUUUCAGGUUAAGAAUGGACCUGCAGAACGAAUUAAGUUCGUUCUGGAGUUUAAUUCUUAAUUUGAAAUGAAUUAAGUUCUUAACCAGAGGUACCGCUGUAUUUUAAAGUAACAAAGGGAUCAUAUUUGGAGCUGGUUGCAGACCUGAGCAUGAGCACUUGAUUACUAUAUAGUGCAGCAAGAAAAGUGGUGUGGUUUGUUUUCUUCCUCUACCCCGUUUUGAAAACUCAGGAUGUGUUUUGGAUUUUAAAACAACAACAACAACAUGGCACAUAUCCUUCUCCAAUGGACUGUAGAGGAGGUUUUUGGAGAGCGGGAAAGUGAAAAUAGUUACUUUUUCCUUCCUCCUGAAGCCAGCUUGUAAAGGGCAGGGAGGGAGGUUUCAUGGUGUGCAACUCACUAACUGCAGCUGUAAAGGUAAAGGUAAAGAGACCCCUGACCGUUAGGUCCAGUCGCAGGCAACUCUGGGGUUGCAGCGCUCAUCUCGCUUUAUUGGCUGAGGGAGCAGGCGUACAUGUGGCCAGCAUGACUAAGCCACUUCUGGCGAACCAGAGCAGCGCACGGAAACGCCGUUUACCUUCCCACCGGAGUGGUACCUAUUUAUCUACUUGCACUUGGACGUGCUUUCGAACUCCUAGGUUGGCAGGAGCAGGGACCAAGCAACAGGAGCUCACCCCGUCAUGGGGAUUCGAACCGCCGACCUUCUGAUCAGCAAGACCUAGGCUCUGUGGUUUAACCCACAGUGCCACCCGUGUCCCAUAACUGCAGCUGUAAGGCACUUUCUAAAUUCUCAAGACAAUUGCUUUCUGUGCUGUGUGGAAGUUCAGAAUCCCAAUGGCGCUUCAGAUUUGAAAGUCUGCUUUUUUGCGUGUGUGUGUUUUCCUAAUGGAACGUCCACAUUCUUGAAAACGGAGCAGGCUAAAAUUAUUUAGAAAAAGACUUCAGUUUGAAAGAAGGCUAACCCUAGGGAAACUUCAAUUGUACUGGCAGCGAGAUGGCUUACAAAGAUACAGACAGCUUCCUAAUAGGGUGUUAGAAUUUAGGCAUUCUUCUUACUGUUUCAGGUUUUGCAAAAAUUUGACAUUGAGGAGUCUUUGUGUUUGGAGGGGAUGGUAAGCAAGCACCGUAUCUACACCAUCAAAUUUACUUUCUUACCAUAUGAAUGCUACCAGGAAGAGAAAUGUGUGAAGCCCAGGGACAUAUUGCAUUUUAUGGAGUCGAGGUGAGUCCUUUUGUGUUCUUUCCUUCUCAAGACUUUUAUCUUUGGACUGCAGAGAUCUUAAACCUCAGUGAUGUACUUUGCUAAUUGUUUAAACAUGAUUAGGCGUUAAUGAGAAGGAGAUUGCUUUCCUUCAUUCCAAUUUUUGACCAGGCAUUGUCUGUACACUCUCACUUGAACUGGAUUUUCAUAUUUCCCCACGCACUGGCUACCCCUAGUUCAGGAAUUUUUCACUAGCCCUAUAACCAGAUUCUGCAUUAUUUGAGGCUACCCUCCUACUUAUGAAAUGAAAACUAUAGGUUUCAGAAUUACAAUAGCUAUAUUAAUUUUAAUUAUAAAAGAAGAAGAAGAAGAGUUUGGAUUUGAUAUCCCGCCUUUCACUCCCUUUAAGGAGUCUCAAAGCGGCUAACAUUCUCCUUUCCCUUCCUCCCCCACAACAAGCACUCUGUGAGGUGAGUGGGGCUGAGAGACUUCGAAGUGUGACUGGCCCAAGGUCACCCAGCAGCUGCAUGUGGAGGAGCGGAGACGUGAACCCGCUCUUAACCACUACACCACACUGGCACAACUUGGCAGGGAAAUUCCCUUUGAAUUUGUCCUCUGAUUUGUCUGGAUCCAGACAGGAAGCAUGUCUAGCAUUGGUUGCAGUGAUGCACAGUCUGGAAUCCAAUUUGAGGCUUUAAUUGUGAAUGUAUUACUCCAUACUCCAGAUUCUUUAAAAUUUUACUUGAAACAAUUAAGAGGAAGAGUUCUAAGUUGGCAUCUUACAAUACUGUGAGCACUCGAAGAGCAAUGCAGAGGGACUUAGAAGGUGAUGGGGAAGAUGGCGUAUUCCAAGAAAACCAGGUAAAAGUCUAGUCCUCUUGAGUCUACUAGUACUGUGAAUCCUUGGUAAGGUAAAGGUAAAGGUACCCCUGCCCGUAUGGGCCAGUCGUGUCCGACUCUAGGGUUGCGCGCCCAUCUCACUCUGUAGGCCGGGGGCCAGCGCUGUCCGGAGACACUUCCGGGUCACGUGGCCAGCGUGACGAAGCUGCUCUGGCGAGCCUGCACCAGCGCAGCACAUGGAAACGUCGUUUACCUUCCCACUAGAAAGCGGUACCUAUUUAUCUACUUGCACUAAGAGUGCUUUCGAACUGCUAGGUGGGCUGGAGCUGGGACCGAACGACGGGAGCUCACCUGUCGCAGGGAUUCGAACUGCCGACCAUACGAUCGGCAAGUCCUAGGCUCUGAGGUUUUACCCACAGCGCCACCUGCGUCCCGCGUGAAUCGUUGGUAGGCUUUGUAAAAAAAUCAACUCAUUUUUAUUUGCAUAGUUUUGCUCUUGCAAUUCAUUCUUUCACGUAUUACAGUGGUAAACUGCUAUCUUAAGUACGCAGGAGUUAUUUGAAGUGUCCAGGAAUCAUUUGUGUAGAUAUGUUAUACAGUAUAAGAAUAGUUCCUUCUGACCUUGAAUCAAAGUCUUUUUUUCUUGAGCUUUUCCCCCUUGGAAAUGUUUCAUGCUGCUUUUAGCAGUCAUACAGGCACAUACGUUGUGCCCAUGGUAAAAACCUAUUUAACAAAAUGCUGGUCUCUGCAUUGCAAUUGAUGAGAAUGACCGGUUGAAUUGCUGUUGGUGAUUUAAGAUUGUUUUCCAGACCUUCGAAGGAUCUUAGCUUUACUGCCCUACGAUUCUCCUAGUGGGUCAGCUUCCUCAGGAUAUUCUACAAAGCAAUAGUUACUGCUAGAAAGGCUCUCAAUUGCUUCCUGUAUGAUUCUGUUAAGUCAUUAGACUGUUGAAAUACCGUAUUUUUCACUCCAUAAGACGCACUUUUCCCCUCCUAAAAAGUAAGGGGAAAUGUGUGUGCGUCUGUGAUGGGAUUAUGAGCUGCUUGUGCGUAAAAUCGUAUUCCCUCAGAGUUUGUUCAAGUCCACAAACCUCUGUCUGUGACUGAGCCCCUCUGACAUGGCUCCUCUUAGUCACUAGAAGAUUCCGACAGUGGUUGCUUUCGUAAUCGCUUCCAACAUAAAAGCUCCUUAACGGAAACACGUCUUCUGGACUCUCUGCGUGACAGUUUCCGGCGAGGAGUGGGUGUCGCUACAGGAGGUCCGGAAACCUCACCACUGUUUUCGCUGGAAGUAUCUCUGAGCCAUCCCCCAGCUCCCUUUCCCUCAGUUCAGCUUGUCUCCCCUGCUGGUUUCCUCUUCCGCUGCUGAGUCUCUUCCAACCUGUCUGAGCCCUUUCACCUCCCUCAGUUCAGCUUCUCUCCCUUGCUGGUUCCCUCUUCAGCUGCUGAAUCUCUUCCAACCUGUCUGAGUCCUUUCACCUCCCUUCCUUCCGAUGGCAGUUCCCUGACAUCCACCUCCCCUCCAGGGCCCCCUUCACCCCCUCUCGCCCCCUCCUCUACGGGCGGUGAGGAGGCAAACCCCGGAAUGAACUUCCUUCAUCUUCCGAUGUCUCGAACACUUCUCUCCACCUGUUGCGGUUCCUGGUCUCGAAGCACUCCUCCUCCUCCGAGUCCAUCUCCCCUUCCCCUUCCGAUUCUGGGAAUCCUUCCAACUCCUCCUCCUCCUCAGUGGUCCCAAAGUAUUCCCUCCGGAACCUCUCCACAGGCUGAGGUUUCCGCGGGAACCUUUGAUGGAACAUUUCUAUCAAUACCUCGUCAUUGAUAUCUUUGGCCAUUACCCACGUGUUUUCUGACUCCGGUUCUCCUUCCCACGCUACCAAAUACUCCACCUGAUUCCCCUUCCACCUGGCAUCAAGGAUUUCUGCCACAUGACUGCUGCAUUCUCUUUCUUCUAUGACCGGUCCCCGAGUGUCCAUCCCUUCUCGUCCCCUCGUACGGUGACAGUAACGACCUGUGAAAUACUGGGUGCAGUUUCAUGUGGUUGGGUAACCGGAGCCUGAAAGCCACUGGGUUGACCUGUUGAAUGACCUCAAAGGGACCCAACCUCCUGGGUCGUAAUUUCUUACAACCUCCUUUGAACGGCAACCCUCGGGUUGACAGCCACACCCUAUCUCCAACCCUUAUGGUUUCACCUUCCCUUCGGUUCUUGUCUGCCUGCCUCUUGUAUUCUUCCUUCGCCCUUUCUAAGUUGAGUUGGAGCUGACGGUGGAUUGCUUCCAUUUCUUCUACAAAAUGCUCGGCUGCCGGUACGCUCCAUCUCUCCCUUCUCCCCUGGGAAAGCCCUGGGAUGACACCCAUAAUUAGCCAAGAAGGGGCUCAUCCCUGUGGACACAUUCUCGGCAUUGUUGUAGGCAAAUUCCGCCAGCGCCAACUUUUCUACCCAGUCAUUCUCUCUGUCAUUGACAUAACACCUCAGGUAUUGCUGGAGGACACCGUUUGCUCUUUCCGCCUGCCCGUUGGUUUCAGGGUGCCGGGCAGUCGAAGAGUUGACCUCCACCUGCAGUAAGCUCAUGAGCUUCCUCCAGAACCUGGAAGUAAAUUGUUUUCCUCGGUCUGAGACCACCCUCAAUGGCACCCCGUGCAACCUAAAAAUGUGUUCUACAAAUAACUUCGCUGUCUCUUCCGCCGUGACUGCAUGCGAGCAAGCUACAAAGUGGCACAUCUUUGUUAGUAGGUCUACCACCACCAUGAUGGCUGUUUUCCUUUGGACUUCGGCAGAUCAGUCAUAAAAUCUAUCGACACUGCCUCCCAAGGUCGUUCUGGUGUUGGUAAGGGUUCUAAUAGCCCCGCCGGCGCCCGCCUUUCCCCUUUGGCUCGCUGGCACUGCUCGCACCCUCUUACAUACUCACGUACAUCCUCCCUCACCUUAGGCCACCAAAAUUCCCUGGUGACCAACCACAUGGUUUUGUGUUGCCCAAAAUGCCCCGCCGUGGGGCUGUCAUGCAACUGCUUGAGUACCCUCCCCUCUUAAGUCUCCUUCAGGGAUAUACAGUGCCCCUUUGUAAUACAAAGCUCCAUUUCUUUCCUCGAAACCCCUUGAUUCCUCUCCCUCAUCCCUAAGACCUCUGAGCUUAUUCUGGGCGUAUUCAUCAUUCUCUGUUUCUUCUACCAGUUCUCUUUGUCCCACCAAUGCCGCCCCACACACCCAGCGGUCCUCUGGAAUGACAUGUCUCUCCCCCUCCCAAUAUUCAGGUUUGCGUGAGAGAGCGUCCGCCCUAAUGUUCUCUGGGCCUGGCACGUAACAAAUCUCAAAGUUAAAUUUGGAGAAUUCCUGGGCCCAUCUCACUUGCCGUUGGUUGAGCACUCGUGCCGUCCUCCAAUACUCUAGGUUCUUGUGGUCAGUGCACACUUGCACCUUAUGUUGUGCGCCAAUUAGCAGGUGCCUCCAUCUCCGGAACGCCUCAUGAAUGGCUAGUAGUUCUCGGUCAUACACCGUGUAGUUCCUCUCGGAUUUGUUCAGCUUUCGCGAAAAAAGCACACGGUCUCCACUCUGACUCCUCCUUCCCUGGCUGGAGAAGCACCGCCCCAACCGCUCUGUCUGAUGCGUCAGUUUCCACUCUCAUCGGUUUUUGUAAAUCCACAUGCAGGAGCUGUUGUUCCGAGGCGAAGGCCCUUUUAGUUCCUCAAAUGCUUGCUCCGCCUCCUCCGUCCAAACGAACUUCUUCUUACUGCUGAGACAGUCCGUAAUGGGCGCCGUCAGGUGGGCAAAGUUUGGGAUGAACUUACGAUAGAAGUUCCCAAACCCUAAAAACCUCUGCACAUCCUUCCUUGUUUUGGGUGUUUUCCAUUCCAGUACCGCCUGGACCUUGCCGGGAUCCAUGGCCAACCCCUUGUCAGACAGGCGAUACCCCAGGAAUUCCACCUCCUUGGUAUGAAACUGACACUUCUCCAGUUUCACCCACAGCUGGUUGGCUUGCAGCCUGCUCAACACUUCUCUGACGUCUCUCACAUGCUGCUCCUCAUUCUCAGAAUACACCAACACGUCGUCUAAGAAGGCCACACAAUUCUUGUAAAGCAACGGCCCCAGGACGUGGUUCAUAAACGAUUGAAAUGUUGCGGAGCCUGCUUGUAGACCGAAGGGCAUAACUAAGUAUUCAAAUGCCCCUAAAGGGGUGAACAUGGUGGUUUUCCAUUCAUCCCCCUUCCUUAUUCGUAUCAGGUUGUACGCCCCCUUAGAUCCAGCUUGGUGAAAAUCUUUCCCUUUCGCACCCUUGUCAAAAUGUCGUCAAUCCUGGGCAUCGGGAAGGCCACUGGUUCUGACACUGCAUUUAAGGCCCUGAAGUCACACACCAGUCUCGGCUUGUUCGUGUUUUUUUGUCCACAAAAACACUGGGCUGCCCCCACCGCCCUGGACUCUCUGAUGAACCCUCUCUUCAGGUUCUUGUCAAUGAACUCUCUUAGCUCCUGCAUCUCUCUGUCUGACAUGGCGUACAGCUUGCCCACAGGGAGCUGUGCCCCAGGGAGCAAAUUGAUUUGACAGUCAAAGGCUCUAUGCGGUGGUAGUUGGUCAGCUUCCCUUUCGCUGAAGACGUCGCGGAGAUCUGCGUAUUGUCGUGGUACCUUCACGUUCUCCUUCACUUCAGUCCCUGCUAGGGUGGCUUGGGCCCCUGCCAAAACCUUUCCCUCUUUGCAAUGUUCUAAGCAAUGUGCUGACCCAAAAGAAACCACUCUCUGAUGCCAGCCCACCAGCGGAUCAUGUAACGCUAGCCAGCUCAUCCCCAAUAUAAUGGGAGCUCCUCCCAAGGUGGCCACAUUAAAAGCUAUCAGUUCAGUGUGCCUUGCCACCUUCAUUAUCAUUGGGACGGUCUGCAAGCUGACUUCUCCUCCCAACAGCUCCCUGCCAUCGAUCGUGGUUACCUGCAGGGGUUGCUUAAAGGAGCGUCUGUAUCUGGUGUUCAGCUGCAAACUCUUUGCUCAUGAAAUUGCAGGAGCUGCCUGAGUCCAACAGCGCCUUUAUCUUUAGAGGGUGUCCGUUUGGGAGCUCUAGUGUCACUUCUAUCACUAGGGCGGGUUUAGGAGGUUCUGGAGUGGGCACUUUCACUGCUCUUUGGCCUGGCUGCUGUGCCCCGACAAUGGCAGCCAGGCGUUGGCUUUAGUUGCUCCGGUAUUUUUUCCUCUCUUCCCUCCACAGCUCCCACCAUCCCUUGCCAUUCCUUCCUCUGGGGGCAGACUCUGGCAAAGUGCCCUGGCUGUUGGCAGAGAUAGCAUUUCCGGGCGCCUUUUCCAUCCUUCUUUCCCCCCUCACUGGGCUUUGAAACUGCGCGCGCGCGCUGUUCCGAUUUCCAUCGGCUCUGCCGGCGGGACAGUUGGCUCUGGAAUGUCUGGAAUGCGGAACUCCUUCCAACGUUCCCUUUCCCUUCCCGCCUCUCCAAUGCUCUCGCCUCCUGGCGCGCUCCUAUGGCCAGCGCUGAUUUGGUCAGCUGGUCCAUAGACUCCGCCCUGGGCGCCCGGGAAAGUUCAUCUUUCACAGCCGAAGAAAGCCCUUCUUCAAAGAGCAUUUGAAUGGGUUCCGCCGAUAAGUCCCACCCCAAUCUGUGUAUCAGCAUGGUGAACUCAGUCCAGUACUCACGUACAGAUCGGCUCCCCUGUUUGCAAGCCAUUAACUGUCUGCGCACCACUCCCUUUCAAUAUCGCUGGAAAACAUCAGAUCCAUGGCGCGAAAGAACUUCAUCGUGUCUUUUAAGACGUCACUAUUCGCUGCCAUCAGGGGUCUAACCCAGUCUCUCGCCCCCUUUUCAAGAUGCCCAAUCACAAAAGCCACUCGUGAUUCCUCAUCAGGGAAAUCAUCAAACUGCAGAUUGAGGGCAUAUUGCAUUUCUGUCCGAAAGCUAUGAUAGUCUUUGGGCUCCCCCCCAAAUCUUUGCACCAAUCCUGGUACCUUUCUGGCGAGCUGGGUGGCUUUCUCCCUUUUGUCUGCAUCUUGAGCCCUCCUCUCCUCCAGCCUCGCCGUCUGCAGCGCCAGCUGGACCUCUAACACCCGGUACCUUUCUUCCAGGCUUGGACCCGCUCCAGCCCCUGCUUCUCCGGUUCCUGCUGGGUUGCUCAUUAUUAUGCCGUCUCCUGCACAAGCUGCGUUCAAAGACUGUCGGAAUGCUGUGAUGGGAUUAUGAGCUGCUUGUGCGUAAAAUCGUAUUCCCUCAGAGUUUGUUCAAGUCCACAAACCUCUGUCUGUGACUGAGCCCCUCUGACAUGGCUCCUCUUAGUCACUAGAAGAUUCCGACAGUGGUUGCUUUCGUAAUCGCUUCCAACAUAAAAGCUCCUUAACGGAAACACGUCUUCUGGACUCUCUGCGUGACAGUUUCCGGCGAGGAGUGGGUGUCGCUACAGGAGGUCCGGAAACCUCACCACUGUUUUCGCUGGAAGUAUCUCUGAGCCAUCCCCCCCAGCUCCCUUUCCCUCAGUUCAGCUUGUCUCCCCCCUGCUGGUUUCCUCUUCCGCUGCUGAGUCUCUUCCAACCUGUCUGAGCCCUUUCACCUCCCUCAGUUCAGCUUCUCUCCCCUUGCUGGUUCCCUCUUCAGCUGCUGAAUCUCUUCCAACCUGUCUGAGUCCUUUCACCUCCCUUCCUUCCGAUGGCAGUUCCCUGACAGCGUCUUAUGGGGCGAAUGCAGGCAGGAAAAGCCCCCAAGAGCCGCACGCAAGCUCCGCGCGGCUCUUGCAGGCUUUUCUACGAGGUGGGAGAAGGGCAGCGUGUCACUGACACGCUGCCCUUCUUCCACCUCGUAGAAAAGCCCGCAAGAGCUGCGCACCCUUUAAAGAGCAUGCGGCUCUUGGGGGCUUUUCCAGGAGGUGGGGGAAGGGACUGAGGGGCUGCCCUCUGUCCCUUCCCCACCUCCUGGAAAAGCCCCCAAGAGCCGCGCUGAGCGUCGCGGCUUUAGAGAGCCUGCGCUGAGGGAGGGUGACGGGCUUCCCUUCUCCCUCCUCGGGGAAAAGCCCCCAAGAGCCGCAUACACACUCCACGCGGCUUGUGAAAGGAAGCACUGAGCAUACAGGCUCUGCUCAGCGCUCCCUUUAAAAGUGUUUUUUUUCUUGCAUUCCUCCUCUAAAAACUAGGUGCGUCUUAUGGAGCGAAAAAUACAGUAAUCUACCUUCUAGACCUUAACAGCGCUAUCAAGUGUGAAAUUAAGGAAGCCUUGCCCAGUGGAAGCUUAGUUCUCUGUGGAUGCAGAGCGUUCUUAUGCCUGGUAUUUCUUUCAAGCCUCUCAGUGAUACGUCCAAAAUAACCCAUGUAAAAGUGUGAAUCUCGAGGCCGUUCCCCCUUGCAGCUUUUCUCUUUGUUUAGGGUGACGAUGAAGCUGGAGCUGAGGAAGGAGGAGGCGGAGGUGCUCCUGAUGCUGAAACAGGUGAAGGGGAUGAUGAUGCUACAGAUGCAAAAAGAAGAGCAAAGCAGGAGGAGGAGGUAAUGAUAUACUGUUAGGUCCCAGUAAAGGUAAAGGGACCCCUGACCAUUAGGUCCAGUCGUGUCCGACUCUGGGGUUGUGGCGCUCAUCUCGCUUUAUUGGCCGAGGGAGCCGGUGUACAGCUUCCAGGUCACAUGGCCAGCAUGACUAAGCCACUUCUGGCGAACCAGAGCAGCGCACGGAAACGCCGUUUACCUUCCUGCCAGAGCGGUACCUAUUUAUCUACCUGCACUUUGACGUGCUUUCGAACUGCUAGGUUGGCAGGAGCAGGGACCGAGUAAUAGGAGCUCACCCCGUCGCGGGGAUUCGAACCACCGACCUUCUGAUCGGCAAGUCCUAGGCUCUGUGGUUUAACCCACAGCACCACCUGCGUCCCUCUUAGGUCCCAGUAGGCUCUGCUUGUUUCAGUAAGAGCCGACUAAGAAAGGCCUUCUGCUCAGGUCAGUUUCUGAAGCAGAAGGAAAGGGAGGUGGGAUAAAGGGAAGGGUCGAAAUACUUAAGGAGCAAUAUUUUGUCCAAGUAAUAAAUCUGCUUCAUUAAAGAUUUGGCUUGCAGUGUUCUGUAAUGAGUAUAUGUUGUCUAGAGAAGUAUAUGACUCAAAGCAGCUUUAUACUGGUUGCCAGAUGACGACAGCCUGUGUAAGUCAUGUUUUUAAACAAGGCUUCACCUGCCUGCUUUUACUUUGGAGGGAAAGCAUCCAUAGGGCCCUGAUCCAGAACCUGCUAUUGCUCCAGGGGUCUCACAAUUUUUUUCCUUCUGAAAAUCACCCCCUGAAGGUGCUGUUUGUUGGUUUUUAAGCAGAAAACUAGUGUGGGGUGCCGGUUGAGAUCAGGAAGUUAGGAUCAAUGGAAGAUUCUUUUCAAUGGCCCAAUUGAAAGUGAAAUUUGAAAUUAUCCUUGUACACUGGUUCUAGUACUUGGAGAUGCAAAACUUGCUUAAACUUGUUUAAACAUUCCCCCCCCCCUUUUUUUUUGUUGGUUAGGGUUCGCCUCUGACUGAAGUGUAUCUUUCUUGCAGGUUGAUUAUGAGAGCGAUGAGGACAAUGAGGUGGAUGAUGAUGAUAUUCCGGAUGAGGAAGAGACACAAGGGUUGGAUGAGAGGAGCCCAGAGGGAACGGAAUCUCAGGAUGAGCAUUAUGCGCCUUCCUCUAGUCAACAAACUCGAAACAAGAGGAAGAACUUGGAUGAAUUAGCACAGCAGAGAAUUAAUGCUGUGCAGGAGAGCAGCGAUUCCAUAGAGAGUUAUGCCUACGACAUAAAAAAUGAACUGUGGUGUAAGGUAAGGUGGUGGAAGUGUGUGCGUCCAAAAACUGAUGUGUUCAAGCUGCGGAGCACAAACCAUAAUGUUGCAAUUGACCUAUUUAUUUGGUUAUUUAACAUUUUAGCCCACUUUAUCGCAGAGGCUUUAAAGUGGCUUGCAAAUAAGAAAAGGUAAACAUUAUUUACCAAAUACAAACAAAUAUAGGCAUAAAGCAGCAGAUAAAGCUCGAAAAGAAAAUGACUAGCUAGUAGAAAUCUUAUAGAAAAAUACUUACACACUAUGAUAAAAUAAUAGGAGGGGAAGUGACCAUUUGCUUUGUGCAAUACAGUGUUCCCACAUCAAUUUGUGGGGACCUCCUACUUUUGCCACGAUUCCAAAAGAGGGUGAAUCUCCAGACAUAUUUGCUCUGAGCUGUUUCAGGGGUGGAAGCGGGUCCCAAAGUGAGGCGUUCACAAAGUAAAGGAAGGAUUGAACUCUGAUUAAUAAGAAUACACACAGAGGCUUGAACCAGCAAGACUCUGGGAAAGGUGCGUAUAAUAAUCUCUCUCCCUCUACCCCUCGGCCCAGGUCGUUUUAUUCACAAAAGAACUUUUACAGAGUGUUCGUAAGAACCAAUCAGAUUUCUUCUGAGCAUUUCAACAAACCCCACGUGGGGACAAAGUUAAACUACAAACACUAGUUAGGCAUGCAUACUUUUGGAGUAAAUGAAUGAAAACUAUGAAGGAGUGCAUUCAGCGACCCCGGAGGUCAUGAACAAUCAAUACACAUGAUAAGAAGGAUGGCCAGGAGGACAGCGAUCAUUAUCACCUUUAUGUGAAACCUGUUUCCUGGCCCUAAGAUUAACAUCCUAAGAUUAACAUAUCAGAAAAGCUACAUCAAAGAAACUGCCCACUGUCUUUGAUGACCCAGGAUGCCUGCCUGGUGAAGAAGCAACUGGCGGUACGUGACUGGUCAAGAAAGAGAAAUGGAACAGGGAUGCAGAGGUGUGGAUUGAUCAAGAAUUAUAUCAAAAUAGUUUAAACCCAGUCAACGCAAUGCUUUCAUUGCUGACACAGAUGGCUUACUCUAUAUUUGUUAUAAUUACUCAUAGCAAUCCCACCUGAUCACUACACCAAAGCUCAGCUCACCUACUGCUCUAGCUCAUCGGGAGGUUUUUAAAUCACUGUAUUAAGAAGUGGGUGUUAGGUUUGCUCUUCUCAGUGGAUCGAAAAGGCUGCCUUUUAACGCAGGAUUAUAUUGUGCCCCCUUCUAGGUCUCACUGAAACUUCCUUUAACGAAGCAGUACUUUGACCUUGCCUCACUUGUGACAACUCUGGCAAACAACACUGUUGUCCAGGAGACAAAAGGGAUCACACGGUGUCUCUUAAACGAAACCAGCAAUAAGAAAGGAGAGAUGGUGCUCACUUUGCAGACCGAAGGGAUAAACCUCCCUGAGCUUUUCCGAUAUGCUGACGUAUGUAACGAGGAGCUGCUCUGUGUUUCCUAUAGGGUGUCAAAGAAGGAAAGCAAUGGGGGAGUCUGUCAUGAGAAUGGUCUGAUAUUUUUUUUAAGCUCACCUUGCAGCAUUUUCCUGGUGGCUUGAGAAGCUUAUGCAGAUCUCGGUCACACCAAAGCGAAGCUGAUAAUUGUGCCGCUGAUUUCAGUGAGAAGUCCCAGCUUUUGCUUUUGAGUAGAGCAUUGUGAUUUUGCCAUUGUCAAAAUAAAACCGCUUUUGACCUAUUGCUUCAGUAGCUGUGAGCAGAUUUGAGGAAACGUUUCCUUUUGUGUUUGGGCAAAGUGCCCUGGAAAUUGAGUGCCUGAUAUUUGCAAAAGCUACUGUCAAAGGAUAGUAAGAAGCCACAGAAAUUCAGUGGAAAGUGGAUCACACUAGUCGAGAGGGGAACAGCACUGUCCAUAAGGAGUUCAACCAAUAUGUGUUAACAUAACUCCAGCGGGUGCAGAAUGCCGCGGCGAGACUCCUUAUGGGGUCCUCGCUGUGGGAUCACAUUCACCCGGUGCUAUACCAGCUGCACUGGCCCCCGGUGGAGUACAGGAUCAGGUUUAAGGUGCUGGUGUUAACCUUUAAAGCCCUAUAUGGCCUAGGACACUCGUACCUACGGGACCGCCUCUCCUGGUAUGUCCCACAGAGGAACUUACAAUCUUCAAAUAAAAACAUCUUGGAGGUCCUGGGCCACAGAGAGGUUAGGCUGGCCUCAACCAGAGCCAGGGCUUUUUCGGCUGUGGCUCUGAUCUGGUGGAACGCUCUGCCACAAGAUACUAGGGCCCUGCGGGACUUGACAUCUUUCUGCAGGGCCUGCAAGACAGAGCUGUUCCGCCAAGCCUUUGGCCAGGGCACAGCCUGACCCCCCCCUCCUUUGGCAAUUUUCUCAGAACUCUACCCAAUGGUUGCCUUCAAUUUGAUUUGAAGUAAUUAUUAUUAUUAUUAUUUAUUAUUUAAAUGAAAUGAUUUUAAAAUGUUGUCUUAUUUUAUUGUUGUUAGCUGCCCUGAGCCUGGCUUCAGCUGGGGAGGGCGGGAUAUAAAUAAAAAUUUAUUAUUAUUAUUAUUAUUAUUAUUAUAUAUUUCCUGACUCUUGCUGUGAAGAACUUAAGUGUUUUAAGAAAAAUUAGAGCAAACUACUUGUAACGGUUUCUGGAAUGGAAUAUGCAAAUGAUAAUUACAGCAAGUAGGUGUGGUCAUGAUCUGUCAUGCAGUCUGCAUCAUACACACCUCUGCCCUAAGUAAUUGAGUCACAUGCAGUCUGUGUUUGUGUGGUUUUUAAGGGGCAUGUUUAGAAUAAAUCCCCCUUCCCCCCCGGUCUGUCCAGCUGCUGCAUUUUUAUUUGCUUUCCAACAAGCUACAUACACACUUCUUGAUUAACUUCAAAAAGUAGCUCACCUGUCAACUGUCCCCUCUCUUUUAGAUUUUUGAUGUGAACCGGCUUUAUUGCAAUGAUAUUCACGCGAUGGCCAAUACCUAUGGCAUUGAGGCUGCCUUGAAAGUCCUUGAGAAAGAGAUUAAAGAUGUGUUUGCUGCAUAUGGUAAGAUGGUUUUAUUUUUUUAUUUUUAUUGAUACAGCAAGAAAAAACAAAAAAACACAAAUACCAAAUUACACACAGGAAUAACCAUAGAUACAUAAUUUUCUUAACAAACAAUAAAACAUAUAUUGGUCUUAACACUAAAGACCCAACCUCCCGUCUAUUCCAUAUCUUGAUUUCAUAUUACUGAUUGCCGAUACACACUUUUAUCAUAAUUAAACUUUUUUUUAAAUAUAUCUAAUUUCUUAUAUCUACCUUGCAACUAUUACUGAAGUUCCUCGAAUGCUGCAACAGUAAGAUGGUUUUAGAUUGUCAGUUGAUCCUAACUGUAGAUGCAAAACAUGGCCUAUCCGAUCAAGCUUUGGGGAGGAAAAAACUCCAUUCUGCUUGUAUUGGCUGUAUUUCCCAUUCUCUCGUAACCUGUGUGCUCUUACAGGCCAAAGAGAUGGUGAGGCUUUAGUAAAGAUUUAUCAGCAUGACUUAAAGGAAGAUAUUGGAGGACAGGCUCCAUUGAAGUCCGCCUUUCAUCUCCCUAUUAACGUUUUAAAGAGGCAAAGCUCUAACCUUCCUCCUUGUUUUGACAGGGAUUGUGGUUGAUCCUCGGCAUCUCUCUCUGGUGUCGGACUACAUGUGCUUCGAAGGCGUUUACAAGCCACUCAAUCGGUUUGGGAUACAGUCCAAUUCGUCCCCCUUGCAGCAAAUGACAUUUGAGACGAGCUACAAGUUUCUGAAGGAAGCCACAAUGCAGGGUAAAUAAUCGGGGCAAUCCGUGCUAUUUCAGUGCCGUAUCCAAACCAGAUUGUCUGCAGGACCCAGAUAAUCCACUCUAUCCAAGCAUACCCGAAGCUACAUGGCCACUACCAUCUCUGCCACCUUUGCCUCAAAUAGAAUAGUUGUCAUCUGCCUAGUUAGAAGCAAUGGGGGAUAUGUGGCCUUCAAGGUGUUGGACUGCAAUUUCUGUCAUUCAUGACCCUUGGCCAUGUUGCCUAGGGGAGGUGGAAAGAGGAGUCCAGCAGCACUGGGGGGUCAGAAGUUCCCGUUCUCUGCUAUAGGCAGUUCUGUUAUCCUAGAGAAAAAGUAUGUAUGCAGGCACAGAUGAUGUGCAAGAUCAGUCCCUCAAAUUAUGAGCCUGGUCACCCUUAUGAACACUUUGCAUGGAGCUAUUUACCUUUUAGGGGACGCGGGUGGCGCUCUGGGUUAAACCACAGAGCCUAGGGCUUGCCGAUCAGAAGGUCGGUGGUUCGAAUCCCCGCGACGAAGUGAGCUCCCGUUGUUCGGUCCCAGCUCCUGCCAACCUAGCAGUUCGAAAGCACGUCCAAGUGCAAGUAGAUAAAUAGGUACCGCUCCGACGGGAAGGUAAAUAGCGUUUCUGUGCGCUGCUCUGGUUCACCAGAAGUGGCUUAGUCAUGCUGGCCACAUGACCUGGAAGCUGUACGCCGGCUCCCUCGGCCAAUAAAGUGAGAUGAGCGCUGCAACCCCAGAGUCCGUCACGACUGGACCUAAUGGUCAGGGGUCCCUUUACCUUUAUUUACCUUUUACCCCAAGUUUAACUACUCAAUGGUCAUAUCUGGUGCCUGCCCCCAUCAACACUGACAUUGGCAAAAAGUGACUAACUGUUCUUGAAAUGAUAAGGAUUUACCUGUCUUUCUCAUGAAUUUCGAGGUGGGGUUCGGGGAGCAAAAAAAUUUUUGGUUAUUGGUUCAUUUCCACAUUUUAUUUGGAAAGCAAUUGUCCCUCAGGUGAUCACAAUUUCUACUGAACACUAGCUGUCUAAAUUUGCAUUGCUGGUGAUAAUCACAUUUGUGAUUUAGUAUGAAUGAGAAUUCUGGGGGACAGUCUUACCACUCAACCGAAACAGGUGUCAAAGCCGGACUUCUUCUUUAAAGACAAUUCCAUUCAGGCGGAGUGCUUGUUUCUGGAAAUAAAGCUUUGUCAUCAGAAUUAGGACUCAUAGUUAAGAUCUCUUCUAACUAGCCAUGAACUGGCACAGUAGUAAAAAAAGACUGGGAAGGGCCAAAUUCGCUGCAAGAGCCCACACAUUCACGGAGUCUCACUAAGACAUAGUUUGGAUUACCAUGUCAUGUGAACAUGUCAUUUGCUAUCAAAGGAUCAUUGGUCCCUGCAAUAUCUGCAGUGUGAAAUGGCCUUUGUAGUCUGCAGAUCUAGUCAAAUGAUGUAAGAGGAUCUCAGAAGAAUUCCUUUUGGAGACCUGUGUCAUCUCUGAGAUAUAGAAAUUAAAAAUAAAAAUAAAGUAAUAGCAUCUUCUAAUACUGUUUAAGCUUCUACUUAAAUUGAUUUGAUAAAAGAUGGAUCAGCUAAAAUGAGAUGCAUCCUCAGUUUACAUCCAACAGCAAGUGGCUAUGCUACUCCUACACACACACACACACACACACACACACACACACACACACACAAAGCAAGCCAAGCAAGUUAUCUUUCUUAUGUCAGACUUCCAAGUCCCAAAAUAUAAUUGAUCUAGUUUUGAUUUCUUUUUUUUUCUAGGCUCCCAUGAUGAACUUCAGUCUCCUUCUGCUUGCCUCGUGGUAGGAAAAGUUGUCAAAGGAGGAACAGGCUUGUUUGAUCUGAAACAGCCUCUAAAAUAGUGUGCCUGCUUUUGCUUAACUUAAAGACUAUUAAACUUUUUUUUUCUAGAAAGAAACAUGCUGCUAUUUUUCUUUGUUUGAUUUUGGAGGUUUUCCAGCUGUCAUUGAAUGUAAAUACUACUGUUGACCUUAUUGAGUUGAUAACUACUUGUGCCUUCGGAUCUUCAGGAAUUAUAUUUAAUAAUAAUAAAGGUCUUGUGCUAUUCCCUCAGUUUGUGUUUUUAUUUACCUGUGGGUUCAUUAAUCAGAGUAGACAAUACAGUGGUGCCUCACAAGACGAAAUUAAUCCGUUCCGCGAGUCUCUUCGUCUUGCGGUUUUUUCGUCUUGCGAAGCGCGGCUAUUAGCGGCUUAGCGGCUAUUAACGGCUUAGCGGCUAUUAGCGGCUUAGCGGCUUUAAGAAAAAGGAAACAAACUUGCAAGAACUCGCAAGACGUUUCGUCUUGCGAAGCAAGCCCAUAGGGAAAUUCGUCUUGCGGAACGACUCAAAAAACGCAAAACCCUUUCGUCUAGCGAGUUUUUCGUCUUGCGGGGCACCACUGUAUGUUCCGGGUUUGAGAUGUGUUACCAGACAGUCUGGCAUGAUGCUUUUCCAGCAGGAAGUGAAAGCUCCAAUGUGUUUGUGGUCCCAAGCCUUGCAUGCCUGUCUCUGGUUGCCAAGAAAGAACCUUCCUCUGCAGUUUUUUUAGUAUUUCCUGGCACCUUGACUUAAACCCCCAUUUUUAAUUCACCACCAAGGAAGAAGUGAAGAUCUACAUUAGGAACAAUGGGAGAAUAAAGAUCUACAUCAGGAUCUGCUGCCCCUGUUGCUUAGUUGGUUGAGCACAAGACUCCUAAUCUCACGUUUGUAGGUUCGAGCCCCAAAUUGAGCAAAAGACUCAAUUUGCAUUGCAGGGGGUUGGACUAUCCUUGUGGUCUCUUCCAGCUCUAUGAUCCUGCUGCCCAAGGCAGUCACCUCACCUUGCCUCAUGAAAGGGCCAGGCCAGCCCUGAAAAAGCAGCCCCUUUUUAAUUUGGAUCUUACUUUCUGUAAAAAAAAAAUUGGCUAAAUAUUGAUAUGCAGGUCAAUGGAGCACAUGCAGCCGGGCAUUUCAUUAGGACUGGGAUUUAAACCACACUGCAGCCUAACUGGUGUAACUCCUCCAACCUACAACAUAGUUUGCAUUGGUAGGGCAAUUUUCUUACAUAUAUUUAAAAUUUAUCUUGUAUGUAAAAUUUGGUAUGCUUAUGUUUGAGACUUAACCUUGAUGGAAAAGCUUACCAGAAAGGGUACCAGGAAGAAGACAACGUAAGAAUCUACCAAAUCUUUUACAAAACGUGCUUCAUUUGCAACGAGGAAAAAGAAAUGCUUAUAAAGCACCCCAAGACACAUCAAACCUGUGGAACGACAAUGUUUUAAAAUGGGCAGCUAUUGAAUUUAUUAUUAUUAUUACUAAUACAACUGAAUGCAGCUGUGGUUGCUAUGCAAUGGGGCAGGAACUGCCAAUUGACUGCAUGUUUGUUCCUACAGUCAAUUUUUUGUUAUAUCUAUUUUAUCUGUAAACUGCCUUGAGUCUCUGUCAGGGGAAAGGGUGGGUGGUAAUAAUAAUAAUAAUAAUAAUAAUAAUAAUAAUAAUACCUAACAAUGUGUACACAUGUGCAGAUUUCCCCUUCCUUUCACCUGCCCCGAGCAAGAAAUAAGAAAAAGAACAUGAACUAUAUAUCCCUGUGUUCUUUGGUGCUACAUAUCCUACAGCCCAAUUUCAACCGUCACACUAUUAAUAACAAUAAAAAAUUCAUUUAUUGCAUUUAUAUACCAUCUCUAUCUUACAAGGAACUGGAGGCAGUACAUUAUUCUCCUCACAACAACAACCCUGUGAGGUAGGUAAGGCUAUGAUACGGUCCAGUGGCCCAACGUCAUGGCUUCGUGGGGAUUCGAACCCUUGCCUCCCAAGAGCCAUGGAUCCCUCUCUGUUCACCCCGGGCAGUCGCCACUUCCGCCCGGCCGCAGAAAGGGCAAAGCCCAAAAAAGGUGGUGAUGGGGAAGGACUGAAAGGAACCCGGAAGUCGCAUCUGCAUAGCCGAGCGUUGUCACUCUACCAUUUCCCACCCUUUCUCUAUGGACGGCGCAGGGCUUUUCUCCGCCCCUUCCCUUCCCCAGCUUCAAAGCGGCAGCGGGUUACCUUGCGGAGAAGGCGCCGGGCUGCGACGUGAGCUGCGUAGCGCUGCGCCAGUGGCGUCGUUGGCCCCGCCUCCCCCUCACACACACACACCGGACACCGUUUCUUUAUCUCGCUGGGCCGCUGAGGGGAACCAGCCGAGAGGUGUUGAGGUGAGAGAGGAGCGGCCCUCGGGGGGCUGAGUAAGGGCGGGAGAGGGCCGUUAGGGGCCGAGGAGGAGGAGGCCGCCGCGCGUGCGGCCCCCCCCCAACGGUUCAUUUUCAAACGCGUUCCCUCCCUGCCCCGUCAGGGAGACCCUUGGGAGAAGAAAGGGUCUCUCGUCUGCGCAUGCGCGCGCAGCAGGGCCGGCCCACCCGUGAGGCCAGGUGAGGAGACCGCCUCAGGCGGCCGGGUCCUUAGGGUCGACAGCUCUCGGCGUCCAUCUUUUCUUACUCUCAGCCCCCCAGGUUCCUUGCCUCACGCUGUCUUCCCUUGGCAGAGAAGAAGGGGGCGCCCCAUUUUGGGGGGUUCGCCUCGGACAGCCAAAUGUCUUGAGCAGGCCCUGUGUCAGUACGAGGGGGGAAACUAGGGAAUAAAAUGCUGUAGAAUGCAGUGGUACCUCGGGUUACAUACACUUCAGGUCACAGACUCCGCUAACCCAGAAAUAGUGCUUCAGGUUAAGAACUUUGCUUCAGGAUGAGAACAGAAAUCGUGCUCCGGCGGCGCGGCAGCAGCAGGAGGCCCCAUUAGCUAACAUGGUGCUUCAGGUUAAGAACAGUUUCAAGUUAAGAACAGACCUCCGGAACGAAUUAAGUACAGUGGUACCUCAGGUUAAGUACUUAAUUCGUUCCAGAGGUCCGUACUUAACCUGAAACUGUUCUUAACCUGAAGCACCACUUUAGCUAAUGGGACCUGCUGCUGCUGCCGCGCCGCCAGAGCACGAUUUCUGUUCUCAUCCUGAAGCAAAGUUCUUAACCUGAAGCACUAUUUCUGGGUUAGCGGAGUCUGUAACCUGAAGCGUAUGUAACCUGAAGCGUAUGUAACCCGAGGUACCACUUUACAUAAGCUGUUAAGGGUGGGAAGGAACCCUUAGCUUCACCCCUGAUAACAGAUAAGCAACAGCAGCCUCAGGAGCGAAGUGGGUCCUGAAAAGAGGGAGACAGUUGGGGUUUGCCAAUGUUUUUUUUGCUCCAGCAGAGCUCCUGUGCUUUAGACAGUUGCAUGGCAGAGCUUGCCCCAGUUGAAGCCUCGUGCUGGGUAUUCCUUCACCAGCUCUGUCGUGAUCAUCACGCUUGCCAAGAUGAACAAAUUAGAUGAACAAGAUGCAUUUGACUUUGGGGAGUGGGGCGUGCAAGACAUUUGCAACGUUUGUGCAUUAAAAGUCUUGAUUUCCCUCCCUCCCCUUGCAUACCUACGUAAGGUGCUUUGUUCCUGCAUCUCCAGUUGUAGGGGCAUCGUAGAAGUUACUGUUGGGCAUUUCAGUCUGGAGUCCUAAGAUGGCAUACCCAUAGAAAUAUUGAGAAGGCUAAUGUUAGCAAAACACUCUUCCUGUAUGUGUUUUGUUUGCGCACGUGCUCUCUCUGCAUAGUUCCUAUCACCAGCAUUCACAUUGUGCUCUUUAAGUAAUUAAAUUUGGCUGAUGUGAUUUUGAUUACUGCAUGACAACCCGGUGAGCUUUGUGACUGCAGAGGCAUUUGUGUCUGGUGCUCCUGGAUCUAAGUCCAGUACUUAAGCCAUUGCACAGUUCUCACCACCUUUUGGAGCCCUGCUUAUUUGGUUCAUCCCAUACUAAGAGUUUUCCUUUACCAAACAAAAGUACUGUUGGUUAGAAUUAAGGUAGAAGGAGCCCAUUUGUUUUACAGCCUUUUGAAUCACUUUCUGCCUUUUGUUUUGUUUUGUUAUUACCAGGCCUAUUUUAACAUUUCAUGCCUUUGGAGUAGCAUUACCAAGUCUGGAUUCCAUGUCUUUCCUUGUAAGUAAACCCGAACGAAUUAGGGUGAGUGUCAAACACUUUCACGAUUUAAUUAGCAUUUCUCUGCACGUCCUUUCAAGGUAUAGGGCUUGCUUUAUGAGACAGAGCUGUGUUGACUUGGGACUCAGCUAUACAGCUGCAAAGAAAAUGUUUUAAGUGUGUUGUAAAGUGCAAUAUACGAAUGUGACACUUGAUGGCGAUGGUGAGCUAUGGCAAAUCCCAUAUUUUUUCAAAAUGUUUUUUAAAAAGCAUUUUCACAACGUUUCCUUUUCAGAAAGCAUCUCAUCCUGUGAGGGUGAUGACAGAAGUUAGGAACAGCACACAUUGAUUGCAAUCCUAAGUGUACUUUCUGGGAAAGAAACAAUGUUCUUGAGGAAAGAUACAGUUAGUUUCAAGCUGGAACUGAUAAGUUCACUCGGUUCAAAAUUAUGAUUUGGGUGUGAAGCGGUUCUUUGUAGGUGGACCAUUUUUGACAAAGCUGGCCACUGCUAUCUUAAAGAAGAUCCAUAGCAGUAAACACAAUGUCAUGCAGUUUAAGCAGCUAGACUCAGUGCUGAUUUAACAUGUUUGUUUAACUUUUUUUUUCUUUGCUAAAUGUGUGCCAUCUUAAUUUUUACAUGCGAUAUAAAUAUAUGAAAGUUGUUUUUUCUGAAAAGUAGCUGUGAAAUAUUUGACUUGAGGAACAAUUCAACAACAUACACUUAGCAUGGGUUAAAUGUUAUUUUUAAACAAAUCCAGACAUUUACUUGGCAUUAGUUUUGUUGGAGCACUUAUAGAUAUUUUAAGACAUGGCAACUCAAUAGCAUACACUUAACUUUAUGUUAUUUCGAUUGGGGAGGGGAUUAAAGCACUGAAAACUGUUACCAUAGUAAUUUUAGCUUGCCUGAAGAGUUGUACACAUAUAUAUGUAUGUGCUUCUUAGAAAUCACCUGAGGAAAGUUAAUUACAAGUUUGAUUUUAGAUUGGACUAGAAUUUUAACACUCCCAGUUUCCCAAUUUAACUUGUAUUGUGCUCAUUCAUUAUGUUACUAAUUAAUCUUAAGAAGCAAUGCAUUUCUAACAGGGGAAAAACUUCAACUCCACAUUACAGAUUCUUUUUAUAGGCAUGGGGAUUUUUGUAUUUUUAGUAAGAUUGUUCCAAGUUGCCACAAAACGAUUUUGCUGAUUCAGUUAAACUUAGUCAUGACUUAGCCUCAUUGAAGCCAGUGGAACAAGUUAGACACAACUCAGGACCAAAACAGAUGCAAUGGGGCCAGCCAGGCUUGUUCACAUAUUUCUAUCACAUACACACUUUUAACAUCAAGAGAAAAAUGUGGGUGGGGGAAUGAACACUUUAUCUCCCUUGCUCCGGAUGCUAUUCUUUCUAUCUUGGCUUUCCAAAUUGAAGCUAGGGUGGGAGAAAAGUGUCUGAAAUUAGGUAAGGUGGGGAGAGGGCAGGAUGUUGUUACUAAGGGAAGAUUUUUGCAAAUUGCAAACCAUGAAUGAGCAGUGAGAAAUCAUUCUCCCCUUUCACAUAGCAGUUCCCUCCUCUGAUCCUGAUUUGAGGCAAACCAUGUUUUACUGUUUGUCUGAAAUGGCACACUAGAGCUUUUGCUUACACUACAUACCAUAGUGUGCUGGUUCAGAUAAAACAGCAGGCUGCAUGGGGGAUUGCAUGGGAGCCUUAGGUGUAAUAUCAAGGCAUUAUGUCUGAACAAUCUCUUUGUUGCUGCAUUUUACGUCAACAGAGAUUUUUUUCUUUGGUUAAGUGCAAUUAAAAUAAAUGGUGCCACAUUAAGUUAUGCCUUUGUGGGGUUUAUUUUUCUAGCGGUGGAUGUCCGAGAAGUUCAUUUUUGAGGGCUUGAGGGAGUUGGAACUGUUUGGAGGUAAGUGCUUUAAAUGAAUCGAUUAUUUCCUUAGCUGUGCUCCAUGUUUCUCAGUGCUGUGAAAGUAAGUUAAAUACUUGACAGCACAUCUGUAGGUGUAAUUUCAGUUCUGAUCCUGGAGGAACCUCACAAAGACAAAUGGUGAGGGGGAAGAUGUGGCUCUUGGCUUAAUUUCAUGCGACCCACAGAGACAGGGUUGUACAGAGAGAGAGCUAUAUAAUCCUACCGUGAUAGAAAUGCUGCUCAGUUGGCUUUGGCUCACAGUUGGGUUUUCACAUGGGGCAAAGACAAUAGGACAAAGGUUCUCUGCUCCUAGUUUACAAAAUCUGUCCACUGUUUCAUGAGUUGCAGUACCCACUAGGAGUUUCUCUAAUGUGGAUUGUGCUCUUACCAUUUAUUUUGACUAGAUUUCAGUGAGAGACAUUUCCAGUGACUCUAAUACAUUGGUUUGAAACUGUACCUGUUCAUAGGAACAUUAAGAGAUUUCCACCACAAAUUCUGCUUAAAUACUCAAGCCUUAAGCGGCUAUAAUUAACCAGAUAUGUCCCUCAUUCCAUUCUGCAGUAACAAAAUUCUGGGUUAGAAAUUAAAAUGUAUUCUUUGAGCCAAUUCCAGUGUUCCAUGAGCAUGAGAUUAGAGACCUCCCAAGCCAAGCAAAUACCCUUUCAGAACGAAUGUGCCAGAUUGCUUGUUUGGAAAGCUAACAUAUCAAGGGAAAGGCUGGAGUAGAAGUCUUCUUGAUAUGUAAGCUUUGCCCAUGCAGGCAGAAUUUUAACAUAGGGAACUUUCAAACUAGCAAUUGCUUGUUCCCAGACUUAUCAACAAAUUAAACAUUAACAUCACUGGGUCUGGAGAGCAUCCAUCAAAUAAAUCUAAAAGUACUCAACUGUGAAAUUGCUGAACUUUAAACAAAAAAUACAUAACGCCUCUAAAAGCUGCCUUCAUGCCAGGUGAUUGGAAAGUAUUUUGAAUUGCAUCUCAUUGCAACUUACAAAAAGUCUCUAAAUAGUAAUGGCUUGACAAGGGAGCCCUAGUGAGUCAUUGUCUGAAUCUGUCCCAGGUCUCUGAAAUUUUAGGGUGACAAGUUGUCUACUAUGUCAUGUUGCUUCUUUCAUGGGUUUUGAGCCUCAUGUGAACCCUCUCCCUUUUUCCUCUUUUGUUUUUUUUUUUUUGCAUUUGCACCCAGGUCUGAUUUGAAGGCCAUCUUUUGAGCUGCCCUCCUUUAAGCUAGUCAUAAUUUGACUUUAGGGCAGAUGGCUUAUCUGCAUAAUGAGCUUUGGGGUUUUUUUAUUAGAUAUCAGUACAAAACAUCUAUUUGCACUUAAUCUGCCCUGACUUCUGAAUUCGGCCAUCCAAACUUAAUUUUUCUCCAGUAUUCUUAUCACUGGUUCAGUAGGUUCUUUCCCUCCCCAUAUCUUUUAGCACUUGACUAUUUAAAGUGAUUUAUCUACAAAAAGCAGAUUCAGAUGUGCUUGUGGAUUGUAAAAUCCUCAAAUUUAAAGUAAACUCAUUGAAAUGGAUGCGCUUGAAAAAUCCAUUGAUUUCCAUAUGCCAACUGUGAGUAAGCCUGUAUAAGCUAGUUCAGAACUGGCUCCUGGCUCCAGUUUUGCAGUCCUCAUAUUUCCCUCUUGCUUGGCUGUGGUUGGGUUGUUGAGGCUCCAACUCACAAUGCUGGAGCCUCAAAGCAUGGAUCUCAAACUAUUUCUUUUUUUCCCUGUGAUGGAGAAUUGGACACUAUACAAAUGGCGUUAUGCCUCUUGAGGGAAGGGAAGUGUAGCUUGAAGUCUCUCUCAGUUUAAAGCUGUUUAUGUGGAUAAGUUUUAGGGGAACAAAAUAGCAUAAAUCAGAUCCCCCAAACCAGCAAGGAAUUACUAUUUUUGUCCAGUAGGAGUGGUCAGAAUGACGCUAGUGUAGGUUAUGAUGCCCUUUUGAGGUUAUUUGAAUAUCUCUUGUAAAUGAAUUGAUUCUGGUUUUGUUCUUGAUGGGUAUCUAUUUAAGAAAACACAGUUGAAUGAAUGAUUGAUUUCUUUACUCCAGAGCAGCCUCCGGGUGACUCUCGGAGAAAAGUAAGUGACCUUUGUAGGCUGUGGUGCUGUGGCCUAUUGCAUGGAGAUUUGUGGACAUUAUGACAUUUUUUUCCAUUUUGCCUUAUUUAUACAUCUAAUAUUUUCAGCUCUACAUUUGUGGGAACAAGGUUUCAACCUGGAAAUAAGAUUUUGGUGUGUGGCAUAUAGAUUUAUUUUAGCCUUAAAUCCUGGAUUUUAAAUGGUUGUUCUCACUAGUAAUGUAAAAUUAUAUGGCUGUUCAGCUGAUCUUUUAUUUUUUAAAAAACAAAACGAUAAAAUGCCUGUUUAAAAAGAAAAUCUGGAAGUGAGAUAGUUGAACAGCUAUUAAAAAAUAUUUGAAACCACCCGUUUUCUCAGCCUAUGCUCAAAUUCAAGAGUUAAUGGCCUGCCAAAACUCUCAGUUUGCACUAUCUUAUCACAAUUGUGGCCAGAGCUGGAAAAAUCCCAGGGACCUGGCCAACUUGCCGACACCUAGGAUUAUUACUUUUCCAUAUCAAUGUGAAUAUGAGGAACAUCUAGUAGUCCACAGCUACCUUCCUAUCCCUAGUUACCUAGACGAAAGCCCCACUGUAUAGGAUUACAGUGUAAAACUAAUAAUUGCCUUCCUGACUGCAACACACACAUACCAUUUAUUGAACUGUUGUGAUGUCAUGGAACGUUCAUAAAUAUUCUAGCUUUUCAGGGUAUAUACAUCAGCAUUUACAACCUUGCAACAAUGUGCAGCUUCUGUGAGAGAAAUGAAAGGUCAUUUUCACUGGGGAAAAUCAUGUCAUGUAGGAACAAGAGGAAAGGAAGCUGAGGCCUGUGAAAAGGGCCCAGAAAGUUGGGAAGUUAUGACACAUGUAAUUGGUAGCCAGAGUAGCUAAUGAACUGGAGCAGAGUAGGCAGUGAGCUGAGAAACAAAAUCAUAGGUGGUGCAGGUUUGAGGAAAAUAAGACAAGAGUUGACAGGAAGCUAAGGUAAGGAAGGGCCAAUGAGAAAAGGGGAAUGAGGGAUGUAUUUUACAUGAUCUAGCAGUAGAAGGGGCUAUACUGUUGACAGGGAGAGAAGGAAAGAUAAAGCAGUCAGGCAGGCUGAAAGCUGAGUGAGGAUAAAGCAGAGAGAGAUAUUGGCUGAAGUAGGCAAGGCAGACUGGGCAGUGGAAAAAAAUGGUAGAAUCUUAGCAUAUGAAGGCUAGUGAAGGCUAAGAACUAGAUAAAAUGAAGCUGGGAAAAUCUCACAUGGGAGUCUAGGGAUGGGGUGCUUGUGUUAUACUGGUAUGGAGAGAAUGAACAAGGUAGUAUUUGGGGGGUUGUGGGCCAAGGGUGCUAAAGAGAUUGAUUGGGAGAAGAGACUGGAGUAGGUGGUCAAAUCUUGAGUUGCUAAUUUGUACACAAGAUUCUUUUUCCAGUCUUGGCUCUGUUUUUUCCAGUCACACUAGUAAAAGUACAUCUGAUUUUUCCAAACACAUUUUAUUAAAAUAUAGGUCCAGCUAAAUUUAAGUAUCCAAAAAGCCAUCUGUUUAGAGGCUAGAGUAUUUUAUAAAUUCAGAAGCAGAAGGGUUUUUUCUUUCCUGUUUUCUAAAUUUUUGCCAUUUACACCAAAAGAGGUCCUGUGUUGAAACCCUUGCGGGCAGCUGUAUUUGUUUUUCUUGCAGGGGCUUUUUGUGUGCUGUACUUCACAAGUAGCAUUUUAAUUUAAGCUUUUUUACUUGUUUAUAAAAUACCAAGUUCAGUAGAGUUCCUCUGCAUGGAUAGAAUUUUUCAACCAGUUGCUGUUUCUGCGUGGAGAUGUAGAAAAUACCUUAAGAAGUUUUGGAAGAGGGGGAGGAAAUGUCAUAAUAAACUGUUCUGGGGGAGGGGAUCUUGAUGUGUAAAAAUAGCAGAUUAGCUAUUUUUUACAGUACAAAACUUUAUGCUUUACUAACAUAACUGCCUUCAUCUUAAAAGAGUUUUAGGCUGCAGUCAUAAGCACACUUGCCUGAGAGUAAGCCCCACUGAAUUCUGUAGGACUUCCUUCUGAGUAAACAAAAUUAAGGUUGCACUCUUAGACACACAGCUGCCAUUAUGCCAAAGUCUGACUUUCCCUGUUCGUUUUUCAUUUCCAGUAUCUGAGUUUCUCUGCAGGUUCUCUGUUUUUAUUAUUACAGGCAUUUUCCCAUUUAUGAAGUGCAUUCAGUGUGCAUUGUGCUUUUCAGACAAUUGAAGCGCAAAUAAGGGAAGUGAAUAAAAAACAAUGGUUUCUCAGUAAGAUUGCGAAGGAAAUACAAUGACUGUCCUUUUGGAAGCUGUGGUAGGAACAUAUAAACCAUUAAUCAAUCUAGCUUAAGAGCCUUAUUUGACUGACAGUGGCUCUCCACAUUUCAGUCAGAAGUCUUUCCUAGCCCUGUUUAUUUUUUCUUUUAGUUAGAGGAGCUGAAGAUUGAACUUGAGAUAUUAUGGUACUUCCUGUAGGGCGGAAAGUAGUGAGAGGAAGUUUUGAAGUUGCAUGGCACUUCUAAACGCAGAUUUCAAAUCUACAUGUUUGCAUCUGAAAAUUGUAAAUUUCUUGGAUUUUGCUUUUUUGUGUGCUGGGUUUGAGGAGGCAGGCCACAAGAGUGUUCUGGGAGGGAAUUUGAUUAUAUGAGGUAGCAAACGAGACCAUACAUCAUAAGCUGUGAGAGCAGUGACAUUUUUGAACUCUGAGCAUGAUCCUAUACAUGCCCCCUAAAAAGUAAGUUCCACUGAGUUCAUUGGGACUUGUGUAUAGGAUUGUAUCCUAAGGUUACAAAAGGCUAUAAAUGAUAUUUUGGAGAGAUUCUCCAGCAUACAAACCACAUCCUUGCAAUUUGAGUACUGUGUAUUCAAAACUGUCAUACAGAAAAGCUAACCCUGUCCUGUUAGUCUCUUGCAUCUUACUCUUUUCUUUUCCAGACCAAUGA